GGGUGAGGGAAAGUGAGGGGAACACUGCUGGGAGAGAAGAGAAAGUGCCAGGGUAAGAGAGGGAGAGGAAAAUAAAGAAAGAAGAUCUGGAUAAGAGGGAGAUAUGGGGGUAGUUUGAGGGAAGAGGAGAAUCACUUGCAGAAAUAGACUAUUUUUAGGGGAGUUAAGAGGGAAAGUUGGUAAAAGAAAGAAGAAAGUUAUAAAAAAACAACCCACCCUAAAGUCAGGAGGAGUGAACAAAGAGAGGGGAAUAGGAGAAGAGGUUGGGAUUAACUUUCUGUGUUUAUAGAAUAAUAGCGUGAAAAUAAAGACAGAAGAAAGAAAGAGUGUGAAAGAAUCCAGGAAGGAGAGAGAGGAGGAACGCCCAGUGAAUGGAGGCACACUGCCAUACUCUGCAUUGAUUCAACAAGGUGAGGCUGGACUCUCAGACACCUGGCAUGAGAGGGGUUAAAUUAUUAAAUACUGCUUAGCAUGUUAAUUGGCAAGACUUGGCCAAUUGCUCUGCAUGAUGCUCUGCAGGGUGAGAGGGGCUAGAGGGAAUGAUGUUCUGCAUGGUGAGAGGGGCUACAGGGAAUGAUGCUCUGCAGGGUGAGAAGGGCUACGGGGAAUGACGCUCUGCAGGGUGAGAGUUGUUAUAGGAAUGAUGCUCUGCAGAGUGAGGGGUUAGAGGGAAUGAUGUUCUGCAUGGUGAGAGAGGCUACAGGGAAUGAUGCUAGGCAGGGUGAGAGGGGCUACAGGGAAUGAUGCUCUGCAGGGUGAGAGGGGUUACAUGGAAUGAUGCUCUGCAGGGUGAGAGGGGUUAUAGGGAAUGAUGCUCUGCAGGGUGAGAGGGGCUACAGGGAAUGAUGCUCUGCAGGGUGAGAGGGGCUACAGGGAAGGAUGCUGCAGGGUGAGAGGGGCUACAGGGAAGGAUGCUAGGCAGGGUGAAAGGGGCUACAGGGAAGGAUGCUAGGCAGGGUGAAAGGGGCUACAGGGAAUGAUGCUAGGAAGGGUGAAAGGAGCUACAGGGAACGAUGCUCUGCAGGGUGAGAGGGGCUACAGAGAAUGAUGCUCUGCAGGGUGAGAGGGGCUACAGGGAAUGAUGCUCUGCAGGGUGAGAGGGGCUACAGGGACUGAUGCUCUGCAGAGUGAGAGGGGCUACAGGGACUGAUGCUCUGCAGGGUGAGUGGGGCUACAGGGAAUGAUGCUCUUCAGGGUGAGAGGGGCUAGAGGGAAUGAUGCUCCACAGGGUGAGAGGGGUUAGAGGGAAUGAAGCUAGGCAGGGUGAAAGGGGUUAGAGGGAAUGAUGCUCUGCAGGGUGAGAGGGGCUACAGGGAAGGAUGCUCUGCAGGGUGAGAGGGGCUACAGGGAAGGAUGCUCUGCAGGGUGAGAGGGAAUAAAGCUAGGCAGGGUGAGAGGGGUUAGAGGGAAUGAUGCUAGGCAGGGUGAGAGGGGUUACAUGGAAUGAUGCUCUUCAGGGUGAGAGGGGUUAGAGGGAAUGAUGUUCUGCAGGGUGAGAGGGGUUACAUGGAAUGAUGCUCUUCAGGGUGAGAGGGGUUACAUGGAAUGAUGUUCUGCAGGGUGAGAGGGGUUAGAGGGAAUGAUGUUCUGCAGGGUGAGAGGGGUUACAUGGAAUGAUGUUCUGCAGGGUGAGAGGGGUUAGAGGGAAUGAUGCUCUGCAGGGUGAGAGGGGUUAGAGGGAAUGAUGCUCUGCAGGGUGAGAGGGGUUAGAGGGAAUGAUGCCUUCUAUGGAGAAUGCUGCUCCGUAAUAGAGGGGGCUGCACAGAAUAAAGACCAACCGACUCUCUCUGUGACAGAGGGUUUAUGGUGAAUAUUUUAAAGAGUAGAGCAGCAAAGGGGUUAAGGUGUAAUAAAGAGAUUAACUACAGGAAAUCAUGUUCUCAAGAAAGCCUUAUUGACCCUAUAAAUGCCAGUUUAGUAUAUGGGUGGCACACCCUGCUGGGAUACAGUUAAUAUUUUACUAAACAGAGCUUUUCACAACUUUUGUAAAGAAGCCGUAAUGCUCUCCAUGUGAAUAGACGGUUAAUAAAUAUUAUGUAAGAGUUUGUCUAGACAGGAAAUUACCAGAUUUUACUAUCAACAUGACGUAAAGUCAUGAUUUUAUUAAUGACACGGAGGCGAGUAUUAUGCAUUCUCUUUCUUUAUUAUACUCCCAGCAGCAAGAAAAAGGGAAGUAUGAGAGAAUCAUAGAAACAAGAAACCAUAACCAUAGCCUGGUAACAGUAGCACCAAUCAGCAUCCAGUAUAAUCCAUAUAGGUGUAGUGCUCCUUGACUCCUCCUCUUUCUGCGUAGAUCCCGAAGACCAUUAGUACAAAUUCCAAGGUAUUCCAACCAGAAAUAUGAAUUCACAAACCAAAACCAUAGCUGGAACUUCAAUAUAGAACAGUUUCAACCACCAACUCUCAAGUUGUAUUCAAGCUAAAAGAGAAGAAAAAUAUGGUAAUAUCGAAAUCUCGUGACUGCUAUUCCGCAAUUAACAACUCGUCAACCUUGUUAAUCAUUCGAUGUAAAUAUAUCAAGUUCGUCAACCAUGUUGAUAAAUCGAAAUAAGUAUCAUAUAAGUCAUAUUCAUUGAAUACUUACUCACCUGUGCCAUGAAGGAUCUUGUACUCACCGUAUUAAGUCAUCCUAAAGGCCCCAUGUCUGGGUUGCAACUUAAUCACCACCCUGGGUAGGGUGGGUGGGAAUAAUAUUCGCCUCUGUGUCAUUAAUAAAAUCAUGACUUUAUGUCAUGUUAAUAGUAAAAUCUGGUAAUUUUAUUAAAGACACGGAGGCUCCUAUUAUGCUAUUUUUAAAGUUGAGCAAUCACUGAACUGGAAAUGUGUUGCACUGGGCGAAAAUAGAAAUUACGAAAUGUAGACUCAUUCGACCACUCAGCUGCCCGUAGGAUAUCCUCCAAUUUACAACCUAUCAUGGCGGCUUUAGAGGCCAUAGCCCAGCGAAUGGAGUGUGAAGAAAAAGUUGAGGUGUCUAUGCCUGCCAUUGACAUCAACCAUUUGAUCCAACGAGCUAAAGUAGGAGUAGAUACUGGUAGGUGAGGUACUUUGAACGAGAUGAAUAAUGGAUGUGUUUGCUCUGGACGGAGCGAGGCCGUACAAUGCUCGUAUUCCUUCAUACGUAACACAGGGCACAAGUUUGGGUUGUCCGGAAACGACGGGUAGAAAACUUCCUUAGUCGAGGAUUUUGUCCAACAAGAAAUAUUAAAGGAUACUUUGUUUGGGACAAAAACGCAUGCAUGCCAGUCUAGCGCUCUGACAUCAGCAACCUGUUUACAUGAAGGUAAACAAAACCGCAUCAGCAGCUUGGCCGACAAUUGCUUUAGAGAAAGUUCCUGGUUCACUGGCCAAGAUUCGAUCAAAUGAAAGAUCAUAUUGACAUCCCAAAAGGAAGAAUAUCGAGUUUGAGGAGGUCGAGAAAGGCUUUUCCUUCCUCAAAGAGUAGGGUAAGAAAUUGUAGAAUUGCUUUUGUAGGAGCUGAUAUGGGAUUCAUUGACUGUCCCACGCACCAAUCAGUCCACUUUCUCCAAGCCGACCCGUAGGCAUGUCUGGUACCUGGUGCCCACGAUUCUGCCAAGAGACUGUGUCGUCUGCGAAACCUCCUCGAGAUUCCACGAUGAUCUGAUAUGAGCCAUGCCAUCAGUUGAAGUAGACCCUGGUCGGCCAGUUCGUGACUCAUUCCCUCUGGGUUGGUCAAGAGGUAGGGCAUGUCCGACAACAGCUGUGGGAAAUCUAUCGACAUUUCCAAUAACUGAGGAAACCAAGGUUGUGUCCUCCAUAUACAAGCGCCAGUAUUUCUACUGGAAUAUCGAAGGACCGCUAGGGUCCGAGAAAUGAGGAUGAAAGGGGGGAAAGUGUAGUUCCUGCCUUUGGUCCAGUCCUGUAGGAAUGCAUCUGUCGCCAGAGCAUCUGGAUCCGGUCUCCAACUGAAGAACCGAGGAAGCUGGGUGUUUAGACGAGACGCGAAGAGGUCUAUAUUGAAAGGUCCCCAGAGUCGAGAGAGGCGCUGGAAAAUCAUUGGGUAUCGGGAGGUUACCUCAAGAGACAGCCACUGGAGGCUGGAUUAACCUAUGUAUAAACAUAGCAGUUUCUCUGAAACUGCUAUGUUUAUAAAAAAAAAAAAAAGGGGGUUAACCCCAGCUGGACCAGGCACCCAGACCACUUCAUUAAGCUGAAGUGGUCUGGGUGCCUAUAGUGGUCCUUUAACUUGUCUGAGGGAGCAGCAAGAAAGAGGAGGAGUCAAGGAGCACGACACCUAUAAGGAUUAUACUGGAUGCUGAUUGGUGCUACUGUUACCAGGCUAUGGUUAUGGUUUCUUUUUUCUAUGAUUCUCUCAUACUUCCAUUUUUCUUGCUGCUGGGAGUAUAAUAAAGAAGAGGAAUGCAUAAUAGGAGCCUCCGUGUCUUUAAAAAAAUAUGUAAUUAUAUUGGCCAUGUUACUAAAUGGAUGAAGAUACUCUGCUCUAAGUAACAGCUUAUUGUUUCCUGGCAGGAGACAAGACUGGCAUGUGUGUCGCAGCACUGGUUAAAUUGGCCAAUCAUGACACGUUGGGAAUAAGGGGAUUAAAAGCGGAAUAGUUUCUGCAGAUCUAUGGAUCGGGAAACGAUGCUUUGCUUAUAGUUGGCAAAAAAGUGAAGGCUGACAGAUAUUAUGAUCCAAAAGAAAAACACCUAAAUUUUGUAACUGCAUGAUGGAUGAUAGUGAUACUAGCAGAGAUUUAAAAAUAAUAUAAAAUAAUAUAAUUACUAAAUGAUCUACUUGGCUCUUAAUGUGGAGUAAAGAUGAUUUUAAUGUGGAGUAAAGAUGAUUUUAAUGUGAAAUUACUGGAUUUCCAAUCCAAGUUGUCUUUAACUGUUUGUAUGCCACAAUUGUUGAAUUUCGUGACAUUUGAAAUAUGGUAUUAUCAAAUCAAAGUUACUUUUCUCUCACCGACACAACCAGUGCUUCUUGGUAAACAUGUUCGGAAUCCUUUGUUCUCUCAGAUUCCAUGUGAUCUGUACUAUUCAAUGCUUGGCUGUCAAGGUUAUUCACUAACCUGAAUUGUUGAGAAUGGCAUGUCAUAGACCAAGAUAGCUGGCUGGAAAAAUUCUCAAGGGCAGUGCUUGAGGCCUGAAAUUUGAAAUUUUGCAUUAUGGCUUUCAAUACAACAGAAUUCACUGUUUAGUGGAUGAACCCCUCAAUUUUGCAGUAUUUCUUGGCAGGUGUCAUUGAACUUUCAUUUCAGCGUUUGGACACACUCAUCACUGCAGCCUGAAGCCCAUCCCGUCCGUGUCCAAUAAGAUGCUUUUUAUAUUAAAAAAAAAUAUUGAUAACACGUGACCGUCACAGCAAUCGGCCAAUCCAAUGUUUUUCAUUUAGAAGCACUGGAUACAUACAGCACUCAACAGCCACAUAAACUUUCAGAAACUGCACAAUUUUUAUAUGCAAGGCUGCGGGAGCUGUGUCUCUACCCCCAAAUCACUUAAUUAAGAUUAAAGGCACAAUUGUGUAUUCCUUUCACUAUUGUGUUAAAAAUGCAGUUUAGGCCACCAGCCCCUCUUGGAACUCUUUAAAAGGUAAUAAAUUUACCUUUAUUCCAGCACCAUGCGUGUUUGCAGUGGCGAGCUCUGUCUCCACUCCGCCUCUUUGGUUGAGAUCAUCACAAUUGACAUUCUCAGCCAAUCUAAUGCUUUCCCAUAGGAAAUCUUUGGGGGGCUAUUUCACAAGCGCAGCAAAACGCAGCACUGCAUCAAUAAGCAUCUCCUCAUAGAGAUGCAUUGAAUCAAUGCAUCUCUACGAGAAAUGUUCAGUGCCUCCAUGAAAAGCAUGGAGAUGUUGAAUAUCAGUGCUGCACAUUGAGCAGCACUGACACAGGAAGCGUCUCUAGUUGCCGUCUGACUGACUGCCACUAGAGGUAUUCCUAGGCAGUAAUGUAAACGCUGCUUUUUCUCUGAAAAUGCAGUGUUUACAUUAAAAAGCCCGCAAUUACAUGCUUAUACAUUCGAACAACUACGGUACAUUAAGCUGUAGUUGUUCUGGUGACUAUAGAGUCCCUUUAAGUGAUCUUGGUGCUUAGACUGCCUCUUUAAAUGUCGCUGCCCAUUAGAUUUGUGCAAAAAUAUGUUCAUACAUCUUUCUUUGGCUUAAGUAAGUACACCUCAGUCCAUACCUGGAUGAAUCGUUUUAUCCAGGAUUUACCUGUGGGGUCUUCUUCACCGAAUAAGAAUUCACAGGUUAAUCUCAGACGUACCAAUUCGUUAGGAUAUUGAUUAAAAGGAAUUCGAUCUAGACAAACUGGUCUCAAGAAACGUUUGCACAAGUCUACUAAAAUUCUCUACUGCACAUGUACUUUUGCAAUGUUUAAGGUGGCAAUGUCACCUGUCACUCUGUCCAUAAAGAUUAAAUCUUUAUGAAAAACUCUCAAUGAUUUUACUGAAAUUCCCACACACGCUAAGAUAUCAAAAGACAAAGUAGGAACUGCUUGACAAAAGGUGGACCUACAAGUUUUCUCAUUUACUCUAGCUGUUACUGGUGACAGCUGUGAGGAAAAAUGCAUUGUCUAUUUAACCUCUUGCGGGAUUUCCCCACCCCCCCAUAGACAUUCUUGUUCUAUCCUGAGGCAUGUGCAUGGGUACAGCAUUGACGGUAGCUCCUGGCAGAUGCAGUGCUAGGAGCUGAAGAGGACCUACCAGAUGGUGGCAUGGUGUAGGCCGUAACAGACUUUUUCAGGUAAGUAAAACUUACCUCCCUCCAGCUGUCCACUGCAAGCCGCAAAGUCGCCAUCAAGGGUCUUUGUAAAAUAUGCAAAGACCCCAGAUGGUGACAGUCUGUUUUACGGUUUAAUACAUAAACCAUAUAGUGUACUUUAAUUUUGUUUUAUACUGUGUUUAUGGUCCUUUCCAAAUACAAGUUUAGAAUUUGAGUUAUCUACUAAAGUGAAUUGCCUGGAAUUCAAAGCGCGUUAUAAGUUUUUUAGUCUAAAACAGGCCAAACUGAAUAAAUCAAAAAAUUUGAGAAGUUAUCCAGUUUGACGGUUAAGGUCUAAAAAUUUAAUGUAAGUUUCAAGUGUAAACAUUUUUUUUUUUUUUUUUUAUGGGUGUAGCCUUUAUGUUAUAAUAUAAUAUCUCAUAAUUAUUAUAUGCACAUGAAAUUUUCUUCCACAGCCAUCUUUGUGCAUCUGUGGUCGGAUUGUCAUUUAUCUGACCCAAUAUAUCUGUAUAUCAUAAUGCCCUUUAAAAACAAAAAUAAUAUUAAAAAAAAUAUGCAAAUAAGUACAGGCAGAAACAACUGUCUCAUUUCCAGGCCAUGAUUCUGUCGUCUCCAUUUGCAGUUAUGUUGUCUUUUUAGCACAUUUAUGUUUGUGCCGAUGAAUGGGUUUUGUCUGAAUUACCUCCCCUCGGCAUGGCACCAGCUUUUAAUUCAGUGUCUGAAAUCUUAACAAAACAUUAAAAACUGUCAAAAAAACUGAUUUAAGUAAAUUCUCAAAUCUACGGCUUUACAGCAACCGCAUACCAUACGACAAAUUCAAGAUGAGCUUUAAUCAUUUAUCUAACCUGUUGGACAGGUUUAUAAUCGCUAAAAAUAUGUAGAUUGUGAAAUAUUAGGUAACAUUCGGUAUUUGUGUGAUAGAUAUGUUAUGCAGAUACUCUGAGCACCUCAAGGGUUAACCCCUUAAGGACCAAACUUCUGGAAUAAAAGGGAAUCAUGACAUGUCAUCCUGAUCAUGUGCCCUUAAGGGGUUAAACAAAGCUGUUGGAUACAUGUCCUACGCAGACGAGAAGUACAGAUGUACGCUUACACACACAGUUGGGUGAAAGGGUCACACUUGGCACCAUCACACCUUUCAAUAAUUCCAUACCUCUCAAGUGUAUAAGGGAGAGUCCCUAUAUCGUGCUCAAAUCCCUCUGUCGCUCUUUCCCACUUUCUAGAAGCUCCAUAUUGUUGGUGUGUCCUAGUGUGUAAUACUCCCAGUGAUGUGUCUUUAAACUACAAUAAAUGUGUUUAGAAAUCAGUCUGUGUAAAUAAGAUGCAUUGUUAUAAAUUACAUUUUUACUUGCAAACAUUAUUAAGUCACCUAAAAUGUCUCAGAACAGAACCCACACCCCACUCACACCCCUAAUAUUAAAGUGUCCCUCUUUGUCCAUUUGAAAUGUUGGGAGCUAACAUCGCAAAGGCGAUGGUGCACUUCUGACUGCCUAGCAUAUAUUCUAAUCAGGUUUGUGCAUGUUAGACAUGACAUAUGAACAACGUGCUGAGCUCUCAUCGUUCUAUGGCUCCAGCGACCAGUGCACAUAGCCAGGAUACUAACCUAGGCCACGUGUAAACUUGGUGGAGCUGUAGUUUAUGCCCCUCUUCUUCAAAAGGAGCACAGCUGGAAUACAAGAGAGCCUUGCCUUUCUUUACAUUACAACGAUCACCAUGUGCAUGUAAAAUGUAAUCCAUAUGGCCCUGUUGUGUUACAUUUCAUGACCAUAUAAGAGUCCUCGUGGGCUAAAUAUCUCUUCGAUUUACUUUGCAAUCUUAAUCUAACAUACACGUGUUUGGAUGGGAGGCGCUGCCAGCCUGGAAUGAAUGUAUGCCAAGAUGGCGUACAGCCUCUGUAUUUGGCUCCUUACAGACUGCCUGUGCGUAGAGCUCUGCUGAAGCUAUUUUCCAAUUAACCGAAUGCAUCUAAUGAUGCACUCACACUUUGUGGGGGACAUUAUCCAGCUUGCACCAGAUGCGGGAACCUAGCCUGAAUUUGGGACUGUCCCUCCAAAUCUGUGACAAUUCGACGAUUUUCAUUGUUGCUGAACUGCCAUCUUGUGAAAUGUCCUGUUUUUUUUUUUUUUUUUUCCUUCUUCUUAUAAAACGUAGCACUAGUAACAGUUCAAGUGCCACCACCCAGUGGCCAAAACUGUUACUGCGCUGGAGAAAUUUCCAAAUUGAGGACUGUGAUAAUUAACUCUAAACAGGAGACAGGCACCUACAUAGAUAUUUUGUUCGAACCUGAGAAAAGUUACGUUGAUCCUGUUGAACAGUACGUAAAGUGAGGAAAUGGCUAUUUUGAAGGGAGAAUAAGAUUCAGACAUGAAUUCGCAGAGUCGGUGGACAUUAUUCCAUGUAUGUCUAUGAUAUCAAGUGAAUGCUGAAACCGGUCAGUGAUUAAAGGACUUAGAACGUGUCGAUAUUUUCUGUAACUUGGUACAGUGUGAAUCCACUAAGUUUUUUUGUUUUAUCUACUGGGUGAUACUGGGCGUCUCUGAGCUCUGCCAGUUGAACGCACUUGGCACCGUUGCAUCCUCCUAUGUUUGGCAAUCGGUUUAUUUAGGUGUGUCCUGUGCUUUCUUUCUCUAUAAGAACUAACCCCAUGAAACAAAGGAUCAGGGCAGUUGCUGUGUCAGGAAGUGCAUGCGGAUUGGAUGGGAUUAAAGGAACAAAGUUCUAUUCCUUUACAGUCACAAUGAAAUACCCAACCCUAAAUAUCUAGGUUAAAAGGACACGCCAGGCUGGGACUUGACUUCCUUUAUUUGAAUGUGUUUUAUAAAUAUUUGAUUUAAAUAUAAAAAAUAAACAGAUCACAACCUUUGAAGUUACUGCGGGUGCUGUAGAUCCUCAGCAUUGCUGCAGCACGCUCACACCAUACCAGGAAGGGGUUGGAAAUCCCUGCUCCAGUCGUAGUGCCCCAUUACUUGUUUUAUAGGUAAUGGUAUAUAUCCCAUAACCCAAUGUGCAGCAGAGAUUUAUGGGAUUUAUAGUUUGGAAAGCAGCUUUCUAUUAAAAGUUUUUCAGUCUGCAUCUAAACUUUGCAUUGUGUCUAACUUUUAUGGGUGCUCUAAGUCUUACAUUUGAUAGUAAUUGGGGAAAAGAUGAGCCAUACCUAGACGUAGGCACUAGCCAUUGAGCUAUACCUAGAUAUAGGCACUAGCCAUUGAGCUAUACCUAGAUAUAGGCACUAGCCAUUGAGCUAUACCUAGAUAUAGGCACUAGCCAUUGAGCUAUACCUAGAUAUAGUCACUAGCCAUUGAGCUCCACCUAGAUGUAGUCACUAGCCAUUGAGCUAUACCUAGAUGUAGACACUAGCAAUUGAGCUCUACCUAGAUAUAGUCACUAGCCACUGAGCUCUACCUAGAUAUUGGCACCAGCCAUUGAGCUCCACCUAGAUGUAGGCACUAGCCAUUGAGCUAUACCUAGAUAUAGUCACUAGCCAUUGAGCUCCACCUAGAUAUAGUCACUAGCCAUUGAGCUCUACCUAGAUAUUGUCACCAGCCAUUGAGCUCCACCUAGAUGUAGGCACUAGCCAUUGAGCUAUACCUAGAUAUAGUCACUAGCCAUUGAGCUCCACCUAGAUGUAGGCACUAGCCAUUGAGCUAUACCUAGAUAUAGUCACUAGCCAUUGAGCUCCACCUAGAUAUAGUCACUAGCCAUUGAGCUCUACCUAGAUAUUGUCACCAGCCAUUGAGCUCCACCUAGAUGUAGGCACUAGCCAUUGAGCUAUACCUAGAUAUAGUCACUAGCCAUUGAGCUCCACCUAGAUAUAGUCACUAGCCAUUGAGCUCUACCUAGAUAUUGGCACCAGCCAUUGAGCUCCACCUAGAUGUAGAUACUAGCCAUUGAGCUAUACCUAGAUAUUGGCACCAGCCAUUGAGCUCCACCUAGAUGUAGGCACUAGCCACUGAGCUAUACCUAGAUAUAGUCACUAGCCAUUGAGCUCAACCUAGAUAUAGUCACUAGCCAUUGAGCUAUACCUAGAUAUUGGCACCAGCCAUUGAGCUAUACCUAGAUAUAGGCACCAGCCAUUGAGCUAUACCUAGAUAUAGUCACUAGCCAUUGAGCUCCACCUAGAUGUAGGCACUAGCCAUUGAGCUAUACCUAGAUAUAGUCACUAGCCAUUGAGCUAUACCUAGAUAUAGGCACCAGCCAUUGAGCUAUACCUAGAUAUAGGCACCAGCCAUUGAGCUAUACCUAGAUAUAGGCACCAGCCAUUGAGCUAUACCUAGAUGUAGGCACCAGGCAUUGAGCUCCAUCUAGAUGUAGGCACCAGGCAUUGAGCUCCACCUAGAUGUAGGCACCAGGCAUUGAGCUCCACCUAGAUGUAGGCACCAGGCAUUGAGCUCCACCUAGAUGUAGGCACCAGCCAUUGAGCUCCACCUAGAUGUAGGCACCAGCCAUUGAGCUCCACCUAGAUGUAGGCACAGCCAUUGAGCUCCACCUAGAUAUAGGCACUAGACAUUGAGCUAUACCCAGAUAAAGGGACUAGCCACUGAGCACAACCAAGGUAUAGGCACUAGCCAUUGAGCUAUACCUAGAUAUAGGCACUAGCCACUGGGCUAUACCUAGAUAUAGGCACUAGCCACUGGGCUAUACCUAGAUAUAGGCACUAGCCACUGGGCUAUACCUAGAUAUAGGCACUAGCCACUGGGCUGUACCUAGAUAUAGGCACUAGCCACUGGGCUAUACCUAGAUAUAGGCACUAGCCACUGGGCUGUACCUAGAUAUAGGCACUAGCCACUGGGCUGUACCGAGAUAUAGGCACCAGCCACUGGGCUGUACCGAGAUAUAGGCACCAGCCACUGGGCUGUACCGAGAUAUAGGCACCAGCCACUGGGCUGUACCGAGAUAUAGGCACCAGCCACUGGGCUGUACCGAGAUAUAGGCACCAGCCACUGGGCUGUACCGAGAUAUAGGCACCAGCCACUGGGCUGUACCGAGAUAUAGGCACCAGCCACUGGGCUGUACCGAGAUAUAGGCACCAGCCACUGGGCUGUACCGAGAUAUAGGCACCAGCCACUGGGCUGUACCGAGAUAUAGGCACCAGCCACUGGGCUGUACCGAGAUAUAGGCACCAGCCACUGGGCUGUACCGAGAUAUAGGCACCAGCCACUGGGCUGUACCGAGAUAUAGGCACCAGUCACUGGGCUGUACCGAGAUAUAGGCACCAGCCACUGGGCUGUACCGAGAUAUAAAAAAAGCAAUCAGAUGCACACAGUAAGCCAGUACUCCUACUAUCAGAAAAAACAACAACUCCUGUGAAGGCCACUGCCCUAUGAGUAGGCUGGAGUCCCCAUAUCGGCAUGUAAAACGGUGUGUGUGUGAUGGGUGAUCUAUAGAUGACGAUCUAAGGCAAAGUAUCUUUUUAUUUGUGCAUUUUCUAGUACAAUGUCAAGAUCACACAUUGUGCUCUUUAAGCCACACCCAACAAUUUUUUUGGAUGACAAAUAUGUUUCAAAGCCAAUUAUAAUAAUUACUAAGAGAGUGAAGAAUAUUCACAUUUAUUUUAUUAACAUUUGACACUGAAUGCUACUGUUUAAUUUGUUUCAGAAUGUUUUGGAUUAUUACCCAAUGCCUCCCCCAAACUGUAAUUUACCCUACCGUUACCUGUGUUCCACUGUAAUUAACCCUGUCGGUACCCAAGUUCCACUGUAAUUAACCCUGUCGUAACCCAUGUUCUGCUGUAAUUAAUCCUACCGUUACCCGUGUUCCUCUGUAAUUAACCCUGCCGUUACCAGUGUUCCACUGUAAUUAACCCCUGCCGUUACCCGUGUUUCACUGUAAUUAACCCUGCCGUUAACCGUGUUCCACUGUAAUUAACCCUGCCGUUACCCGUGUUUCACUGUAAUUAACCCUGCCGUUACCCGUGUUUCACUGUAAUUAACCCUGCCGUUACCCGUGUUCCACUGUAAUUAACCCUGCCGUUACCCGUGUUCCACUGUAAUUAACCCCUGCCGUUACCCGUGUUCCACUGUAAUUAACCCCUGCCGUUACCCGUGUUCCACUGUAAUUAACCCCUGCCGUUACCAGUGUUCCACUGUAAUUAACCCCUGCCGUUACCCGUGUUCCACUGUAAUUAACCCUGCCGUUACCCGUGUUCCACUGUAAUUAACCCCUGCCGUUACCCGUGUUUCACUGUAAUUAACCCCUGCCGUGUUCCACUGUAGUUUUGCAAAACUCAGAUUUUAUCCUUGUUGAAAUGUAUUCGUUCUGCAAUUAUGACACUGCUCACACUCUACUCUCGUGUCAAACGUUCCAGAAUCUGAAUCUUUUGCACCAUAUCACAGUCUCCUUAGUCUGAUCACACCCAGCACAUGUGUCACAACUGCUCCCCCCCCCCCGCCUCACUUGUAGAAUACACGUUACUGGAUUCCAAUGAAAGAAUCCGCCUGUGAUGGGUUGUUACUCUUUAUGGCACGGCUGUAGUUAUUUGAAUGUCUGAAUACAAAUUGCUAUUGUUAGAUUCUCACUAAUCCAUGAUUAACAUUUCAGUGGAGAUCUAUUAAAUUGUCCUGGUAUGUCUGUCUCAUUAACUCCUAUUCCGCCAUAAUGGCCUCAUUAUACAUAUAUAUUUUUUUAUUACAUAAGGCAAUUAAUCCUAACUGGCAAUUAAUCAGGCAUUUUAUUUUCCUAGUUACUGCAGACUACAAUUCCCGUUCUGCUUGGUCAGGUGGUUUGCAACAUGACAAGAGGUGCAUUUACGAGCGUUCUUAAAGCUGGUAUGCACUCUGCACAGGCAAACUCACUCCUGAACUGCCAUAGUUUUAUAGUUACAAAUGAAUCAUGGGAAAAAGGAUUUGAAUAAUCAGGAUAGUGACACUCAUGACCUCUAUAUCUCUAUGUAUCAAAAGAAAGCUUGAUGUAUCUUUUUUGGUAUAUUUAGGUGAAAGAUGACAAAAUACUAAAAAUACGCCCUGUCCCCCAGCAUGCAUAGCGAUAAAAAAUAAAUAAAUAAAUUCCCUGGCACACAGGGUUAAAGCAAAAGUUAAAACAAAACUAAAUUUUGUUGUAGAAACUCCAUGAAUCAGGACUGUGACUGUAACAGUUAAGGGAUUAUCGUCUUAGCCAGUUUUAAAACGUCUGUGUGGUUUUCCAAGAAAGCAGUGGUGUAAUUAAUGAAUUCUGCGAUGGCUAGUUCAAUGACAAAUUUCAGGGUGCUGAACCCUAAAACUCUACACGACUGCCGUCUGUAAACCCCUAGUUUCAGUCUUUAGUAUUACCUGCUUUCCAAGUGUUAAAGGGACGCUGACUUCAGACUUAUCAAGCACUAUAGCUUGCAAUGUCUUGGGUCUGCCAUUUUCUAGACCGUUUUUAAAAUUUCAAUUAAAAUUUGCACUUUUAUAAUUAGGACAGAAACCCCUCCAUGGCUGUCACUCAGACAGCUAGGAAGGUUCAUUGAGCUUUGUUUUGCUCCACAGAGCAUGCUGUGUUGGUGCACUCCAGUUUUCCCCUCUAUCUCCUAUACUACAGCUCAUUGAGCAGUAUAGGCAAGGAGCUAACAUGGGCAUUCACUGCUUCAGCACAGAGGCAUCACCUUGAGAUGGGUGUAUUUCCUGGCACAGACUCUAAGUCUGUGCUGGGGAAAGGGAGUUUCUUCAUAAACCUCCAAAGAAAACAUGCAGAAAAAAAAUACAUGCAUGUUUUCUUUGGGGAUAAUCUACUAAAUUGUUAAACAGAAAAUGUGAAUUGUUCCUUUAAAUCUUUAUGUACUUUGGGCGCAGCGUUGUUAAAAGCAGCUGUUUUGCUAUUUUGUUUGGCUUAUGGUUAGUAUGUCAACUCGUUGUGAAAAGGAAUGUUCCAAAGAGUGUGUGGUUUUUUUAUCUUAGUUUUUUUAAAUCAAUAUUUCAUAUUGUUGAAGGGACACUAUAUAAUCACCAGAACCACUACAGCUCAAUGCAGUUGUUCUGGUGUAUAUAGCAUGUCCCUGCAAGCUUUUAAAUGUAAACACUGCCUUUUCAGAGAAAGGGCAGUGUUCAUGUUACUGACUAGUCACUCAGAUGGCCACUAGAGGUGCUUCCUGUGCAACACCUACAUUCAGUGUCUCCACGUUCUGCGUGGAGACUCUGAACGCUCGCCAUAGAGUUGCAUUGAUUCAGUGCAUCUGUAUGAGGAGAUGCUGAUUGGCCAGUGUGGCAUUUUGCACAAUGCAAGCGCAGGACUGCUAAUGUUCACAUUUGCUGUGUAAGUGCUUUACUUUUCUGUAAAAUUGCACAUAUUGAUGCUAGAUACAUUUGUUUUUAAAUUUACUGCAUGUCACCUGACUUUCUUGAGACACAUAUAAUUUAAAGGAAUUCCUAACGCUGUUGAUUUAGAUUCUUGGCCCUCCCUGAUACAAAUUUAAAAAAAAAAAAAACACAGAAAAAAGGGCCAAAGAAAACAUCUUUAACGUAGCAUCUGGAGAGUGGUACAAACAAAAUAAAUAAUAAUAAAAAAAUUAAAAUAGUGAAAUACUUUAAUAAAAAAAUUAAAAUAGUGAAAUACUUUAAUAUGUCCAGAUAAAAAUAUAUAAAUUCAUCAUGGCUCUAAUAAGCCACAACUAGAUAAAAUAUAGCGUUUAAAUGUCAGUCAGUCUUGUAUCAGCCACUACACAGAAACCCUGUCACAAGGUGGACUGCAGUCACUUCUAAUCAGGGCCAGAUUAAGAGGCCAGUGGGCCUGGUGCUGACAAUUAUGAUGGGGCCUAAUUACAGAAUAUAUCGACCAAAAACACUUAAACAGUCAUACCUCUCAAGCGUUAUGUAUCUGAUGGAGUUGGUGUUGGAGGGAAACUCAAAGGAUGCAGCUAUAAGAAAACAUAUACUCUAUGCUAAUCUCUCUCUAAUUUAUGCUUUCAUCUUUCAAAUAAAUCCAUACCCUCUAACAGCAGUGUCCAGUGAAGCAGGAAGUCAAUGGGGUAAAAGGGUGGGCCACUGACGCGAAUCACAUGACAAGAACUGCUAAAAGGGCGAACAUGCCCAAAAAGGGGGCAUGUCUGUCCAAAGAAUUGGAAGGCCAUCUUGACAUCAGUGUCCCUAUGUAUCAGUGUCAGUGUCCCAAUGUCACCCAGUUCCCUAGUCUCCCAGUGUCUGUGUCCCCAUUUCUCCCAGUGUCCCUAUGUCUCAGUGUGUUCCAUGUCACUAGGAUACUAGGAGAGACUGAGGGACAUGGGGACACUGAGAGACAUGGGGACACUGAGAGACAUGGGGACACUGAGAGACAUGGGGACACUGAGAGACCGGGGGACACUAGGACACAUGGGGGAACUGAGACACUUGGGGACACUGGGAGACAUGGGGGCACUUGUGGAUACAGACAUGGGGACACUGAGACAUUUGGGGACAGAAGGAGAAAUGGGGCCACAGACACUAGGAACACAUAGACAUGGGGACACAAACAUUUGGGGAAACACACUAGGGACACUGGGAAACUAAGACAUGGGGACACUGAGACACUAGGGUCACUGGCUGGGAGGCAUGGGGACACAGACACUUGGGGACAUUGGGAGACAUGGGGGCAUUUGUGGACAUAGACAUGGGGGCACUGAGAGACAUGGGGACACCAGGAACACGGAGACAUGGGGACACUGAGACACAGGCUGGGAGACAUGGGGACACUGAGACACUAGGGACACUGGCUGUGAGACAUGGGGAGACUGGGAGACAUGGAGAUACUGUGUCCCUAGUGUCUUUGUGUCCCAAUGUGUCUCCCUAUGUCUCACAGUUUCCCCAUGUCUCAGUGUCCCAUAGUGUCCCCAUGUUUCCAAGUGUCUCAGUGUCCCCACAUCUCCCAGUGUCCCCUAGUGUGUCAGUGUCCCCAUGUCUCCCUGCUGCCUUUCCCCCCAUCCUUCACUUACCUGAGCUGUAGUCUGUCUCUGCAGGCUGGGAGCUGCUGUGUGGACUCUCUGUGCUGUGUAGCUGAUCAGUGAGUAGAGAGAGGCAGGGAGGGAGAUGCUGUAACUUCCUAUCCCUGCCUCUCACCACACACAGUGACCCCUACUGGCCGGUGCUGGUAUUGCAGAGUAAUCUCCAUUUAUACUGAGGAAAAUAUUUGCAUCUGUAUUGCCGGUACUACUGCAAUACCGUCACGGCAAGGCAGCCUCAAAUAUUGGCUGUGCCUUAAAAUACCAGUCAGGUGGCAAACCUAAGAGUAGUGUGUAAAAAAAAAAAAAAAAUUUUUUUUAAAAAGUAAAAAAAAAAAUUUCUUUUUUUUUUAAAUGGGCCUAUUCCAUGGGCCUGGGCCUGGGCCUGGAGCUGCAGCUCCAUCAGCCCCUAUGUUAAUCCGGCCCUGCUUCCAAUAAGACUUUAGCUUAAUCCAGUACUCCUAAUGGAAAUUCACGUAGAUUAUUCAGUACAUACAACCACAUGCGUACCAAUACAGGUAAGGGACCGUAUAGAAAGAAUGUCUUACUUGGUGACCCGAACUGCCUAUCUAUAAAAGAAGAUAAAGCAGAACCAUAGUGCGCACUGGAAUUGCCAGAGCCCAAAUCCAUGAAAUGAUCUAAUAAGUCCUCCUGAUAGACUUUUAAUAAAAAAACAUUCAUUUCCGGCACUUAAAAAAAAAACAAAAAAACGUGCAUUUCUGAACAAUUCCUGCUUACCCCCUGAGUUGGCUAAAUGGGAUGUUGCUUAGCUAUGCUCUUUCAUGAUGGCUACUAGCGGGGAUAAAGCUAUUGCAAUCCCCGGGUUUCCUGAAGGGUUUAGUAUAUUAUUGUCUAUCCUUGAUCUAGAUUUCUAAAUCUAAAAACUCAAUUCUUUCUUGUAGAUUAAAAGUAAAGUUCAGUUUGUAUGGAUUUUGAUAAAAAAAAAAAAAAGCAUUAAAGAUUCCAGUUGUUGUAGAUCACCCAUUCCAAAUAAAAUCAUCUAUAUGCCUCUGCCAUAGGGCCAGAUUUGCACCUAACUGAGAAUUAUCACAAGUAAAUUCAUCUUCCCUUUUCCCCGUGAGCAAAUUUGCGUAACUAGGUGCAAACCUUGUUCCCAUGGUAUUACCCUCAACCUAAAGAUGGGAUUGACCAUGUGACUUAAAAUAAAAGUUACACACUUUACUAAAAACUCAAUCUGGUCAUUUUUAAGUAAGUGGCUAGGGCAUAUUGAAUUCCUUCACAUCCCUGCAAGUAUUCUAACACUGGUCUCUUCCCACUCUACUGUAGACCAUAUUUGAAUGACUUGUGUAGUAUAUCUCAGGUAUGACUUUAAUUUAAACACUUGAGCUUGUAAGAACUUAUUAGUCCACAUAUUCUGAUAAAGUAGAUGUCAAUGAGAUGUAGAUGUCAAUGAACCAAUAUCAGAAAUCAGUGGCGAUGAAAAUACAUACCUAAUAUUGAAUUACCUCUUGGGCGAUGAAAACAUCUACUUAAUAUUGAUGGAACUCUUGGGCGAUGAAAAUAUCUACUUAAUGGGCAGCCCGGCCACCAAGUAAGGGAUAUAUCUAUAUGGUUGCUUCCCUGUAUUUAUAAAGUAAUAGAGGUCCAGGCACUCCUUGGUUCAAGACAGGCACUUUAUUAGGAACCACAACAGCUGUUGUGGUUACUAAUAAAGUGCCUGUCUUGAACCAAGGAGUGCCUGGACCUCUAUUACUUUACUAAUGUUUGGAAAUCUGGUGUUUUGAUUCCGGCUCAGCAAGCACCCUGGCUCAGAUUUGUGAGAGUGAGUGCAGUUCCACAUAUACUAUUCAACCUUACCUGUAUUUAGACCAGGGCUCGACACAUCCCAGGUGCCAGGUCACCAUGGCGACCAGGAAAUUUGUCCUGGCAACUGGGAUUUGUUAGCCUGUUCAGCCCCCGAGGUGGCAGGCGACUGACAGAGGGAUGGCCGGCUCAUAUAUUGCUGAGGGAGGGGGGCCAACCGGCUCAUGGAUUGAUGCUACCUUGCGCGUCUUGCAGUAAUUCCGUCCCCCAGGCUAACUAAACAGUGCGCGAGAGGGAGAUGAGCAGGGAGAUGACAGAAGCUCCACUGGACCUCAGGGAAAGCCUAUCCACUCCAGCUCUCCAAAGAAAGGGAGGCUGGGUGGAUUUAUAGUAAAAUAAAAAAAAAACUAAUUAUUUGUAAGUGUCUGUGAGUGUAUGUUUUUGUGUGUCUGUCUGUGAGUGUGUGUUUCCUCCAAUCACAUCACAUGGAAAAGGUGUUUUUGUUCACCUCCCCCCCACCUCCAUGGCUGAGAUCAUCAAUUUUGACGAUCUCAGCCAAUCCAGUGCUUCCCCAUAGGAAAGCAUUGGGAGACAAUUGCACAUGCACGGCAAAAUGUCACUGCGCCAAUUUAACUUUUUAUAGAGAUGCACUGAAUCAAUGUAAAGGAGCACUAUAGGGUCAGGAACACAAACAUGUAUUCCUGACCUUAUAGGGUUAAAACCACCAUCCUGCCCCCCAGGCCCCCUCAUGCCUCCCUAAAUAUAGUAAAAUCUUACUUGUAUUCAAGUCUGGAGCUGCUGGCUUUGUCCCUGUUUCCUUCAGCAGAAGUGGUAGCCUGAUCCAAUCACAAUGCUUCCCCAUAGGAUUGGCAGAGACUGACAAAGAGGCAGAUCAGGGGCAGAGCCAGCACAAUUCAAACACAGCCCUGGCCAAUCAGCAUCUCCUCAUAGAGAUGAAUUAAAUCAAUGAAUCUCUAUGAGGAAAGUUCAGUGUCUGCAUGCAGUGGGAGGAGACACUGAAUGUUUGGAUGGCCAGUGAAGUUAUCACUAGGCUGUAAUGUAAACACUACCUUUUGUCUGAAAAGUCAGUGUUUACAUUAAAAAGCUUUCAGGGACAGGAUAUAGACUUCAGAACUACUACAUUAAGUUGUAGUGGUUCUGGUGACUAUAGUGUCCCUUUAAAAAUUUUAUUUUUGGCGUUGAUGUCUCUGGCUCCUAGAUUCCAAGCAAAUUUGUCAGUCCCUGAUUUUGACGCACAUGGAUGUAUAUAUUGUUUGAUGGAUGUUCAUUUUAACAUUGUGAGUACUAAUUUAAGCUACAGUCUAAUUUGGAAUGGCUCCAAUCCAACUUGUGACAGGGGUUUUUAUAUAGUGGCUGAUGGAAGACUGACAUUUUACCACUGUACUUUAUGUAGUUGUGGCUUAUUGCAGCACAAGUUGCCUCGAGCGGCGAUGUCCACUACCCCACAGGGCGGGAUCUGGCCUCUAAAUUUUCAACCUUUUCCAAGCCAGUUUUGUGAAAAGGGGAUUACUGAUUGGCUGAGUGCGUCAACUCAACGCUCUUGGCCAAUCAGCGGCUCCCCGGCCUGUUGCUUCCUGCAGGUAAAAGUGUAUUUUACCCCUUAUCCUUAAAGGGUUUUACUUACCCUCGUGAAGAGCAUUUGACAUCAAACAUCACAUCGUCACAUCAUGUUUGACAUCAAACAUCACAUCAUCACAUCAUGUUUGACAUCAAACAUCACCGGACCGAAUCCAACACAGUGGGUGCUUCACUCCCUCUAGUGGCUGUCAGGCAGAUUCAUCAGCUAACAAGCCUUUUAAUCUUACUGCAAUGUGAUACCUAAUAAAAUCCCUGACAUUUCUCAAGGGUGGCCAUGUGAUUGAUCAUGGUCUAUAGAUUUUUCGGCAAGUACAUUGAGAACUUCUUUUUUUUUUAUUUUUAGUGUCCGUGAAAGAUGUCCACAACACUUGCAUAAACUGUCCCAGUUUCUGGACGUGUCGUUUUAACAUCUUGUCUGUUUUGUAAAUACUAGCUUAAUUUUAUUUGGUUUUCUGUUUUGUGUGGGUGGUGCCUGUAUUAUUAAAUGUACUUGGAAAGGGAGCUGUACUGUAUGAUCAGGGACAUUUUACAGGAUUAUACAAUCUAUGUAAUUUAAUAUACAGUACUUAAAAAUGGCCUGUUCAAUUUGUUGGCAUUUUUAUUAUAAAAACUGAAAGAAAAUAUUUUAUUUUAUUUUUGCAGUGAAUAACUAUUUCUAUUUUUUUCCCCGCAUAGUCGAACGGUGGGAGCUACUCAGAAAAUUACAGCUUUGGAAUGGCUACUGACAUAACUGCUCACUGCAACCUUUUUUAUUUUUUUAUCCGUAAAAGGUCACAAAACGUGUUUGUGUUUUUUUUUUGGUUUUUUUUUUAAUUUGUUACACAAAUGCAAGAUAGCUGCCUCUGUGCUGAAACACCGACAGAUCUAAUUCCAGCUAAACAUAAUAUAAUUUGCAUGAAAAUAACUUUCACGUAACGCCCAACAUUUAACGGUAUGGAACGGGUAAGUGUGGGCGGCCCUUCGAGGGGGCAUCACUGGUAACACCAAUAAAGGAAAGGUCCGCCCGGAUAGUGGCAAAUUUGGGAACUAAAUGGGGACGGCUGGACAGGACUCCAAAAUAGGAACUGUCCCAAAAAAAGUGGGACAGCUGGGAGUACUGCAUUAAACUUUGGGAUGAUGAUUUUAAAGAUAAUUUCUGGAAAGCAAAUAGUGAUGCCAAUGUAAGUGUAUAAAAUUAUCAUUCCUAAUGUUGCUACACUGGUACCUCCAAUCAGGAGCAUCUCAUCGUAUAGAAGCUCUGAUCUUAUCCCAAAAACCCCAAUCUUGCAGAGAUUCAUGGGAUAGGUAAUUUAUCCCUCCAUUCCCAUUCCUCUUGUCACAUGGAAUUGAAGUGGAAUAUGUUGAUAAAUGCCAUCUUUCUAAACUAGGGGCAUUCCUGGUAACACAUGGAAAGCAGAAAUACAGAUCUAAAUAGGGAAAUUACUUUUCAAAGAUUGGGGAUCGGUACCCUCUCUUAAUGGCAACUACUGGUAUAUUGAUUUACUCCAUAAACUAGUAAUUGUAGAUAAUUAUCAAAGGAAUCUGAAAUUUCAAAACAGAAAGCUGGAAAUCUAGCAUAACUUGAGCAUGUUUCGAAAUUGUCACCGUUGUCAUACAGCAAUUUCCUUGUCAAUGUUCCAAAAUACCUGGUUUAGUAAAUACACAUCUAUAGAUGACGGGUUUAUCUUUUAUCCCCAGCAUCGUAUGUGUUCCUCCAUCCGGCAAUGUGAUGGCGAGCCAUGCAGGCAGAGCCAUGGUGACAGACUCCUGCAUCAGUUGUUCCCAUUGUCUCAUGGUUAUGCAAUAGUUUCUCUGCUCAUAAAAACCUUAAUUGUGAGUUAUGUCAGAGCGCGCCUUCCUCUGGUAUUCCUUAACAGCAGGGAGGGGUAAAGCAUGACAUUCAGCGUAUUGCUGAUUGCAACUCCAUUCACUCCCAGCUAGCACCUACCUGGUGCGAGCUCUUAUAUUAUAGGAACAUGGCUGACUGAGGGUCUGAGAGUGGUAGUCUAUAAAUCGCCUCAUGCUUUAUCCAUCUUUUCAGCAGAAGUCCAGAGGGGGCACUGAUGCUGUAAAUUGAAUUUAUUUUUUUAGAAAUGGGGUCAUGGAAGCGGUCUUCUACCAUGUGUGCACUACUGCCCCCUACUGGUGGGUGUUUUUUUAUGCCUGUAGCUGCUCAUUUUAGUGAGAAACUUAAAGGGUUACUCCAAGCAUCAGAACCACUACAGCUCACUGUAAUUUAAGUAAUACACUGGCACCGUAUCCAUUUAUCUACGGUUUGCCUUUGUACCUGAAUCCCCGUCAGGCUCGGAGCCUCCUGUAAUGUUGGUGAAGUGCGUCCGGCUUGUGCAGCGCUGCAGAAGCCAGAUGCCAAUCCCGAGGGCCAUUCGUUAAACAAGUGUGUCAGCAGAACACUCUUGCCAAUAAAUGACCAAUAUGCACAGAUAUAAACAGAACUGACAUGAGCCAGCCCGGAAUUCUCCGACUAACGUUUAACUGAAAUAGAAUCUGCUAAAUUGAGGCUAUAGGCCAACCUAUGUCUGAAAAUGUAGCAGACUCUCCUGUUUUGACUUUCAGUUAAUCACAAUUAAUUGUUUAGUAGAUAAACCCCUUUCUCCUUCUCCAAACUGCAUUCCAUCUCACUUCCCAUGAACUCCUUCUUCAUUGUUUUGGGUCCUUCCCACAGCACGGUCUUUAUAGAUGCGUCAGAUCUAUCAUACUACAAAACUAGUCUUUAAUUACGGUCCCACCCCAUCCCAGCGCCUUCUAUUAAUCCCCUCUCCUGCCCUUUACAUCAUCACACAAUACAUCAUCCUGCGUCGUCCUCAUUACACCUUCGUCAUGGUUCAGACACAGCCACGGAGCAAACUCAACCGCUUUGGGAGCGUUUUAUCCUUAUCUGGGGGGAAAAAACUGCGUAGUCGAAUAUGGUAUGUCUGUGUAUUCGUGCAACUCCAUACAGUGUGUACAGUGCUGUAUUUUAUGAUAUAACUGGAAGGGGGUCCUACGUGUAUACAAUGCUGAAUAUCUGUGUAUAAAGUGAGAAGCUGUCUGUGUGACACUGACAUUUUGUGUAUAAAAGGGCCAAUGUCGACAAAAUUGUAUUUCUGUGUAUAUUUUUCACCAUCUGCUGUACAGAUUUAAAAUUUUCAGAUAUGUCUGGGUGCUUUUUUUUUUUUUUUUUAAAGAAAAAAGAAAAAAAAUGAAUAUUGAAGUGUUUUAUCAUUAAUUUGUAGGAUAGCCGCUUAUUGCGUCAAGUAGAUAUACGAUUGCCAUUUCGAAUUCUAAAAAGAUUUCAACCCUGUGAAUGCAUAGCCUGUCUGAAUCUACACCUAUUAAUAAAAAAUAAAAAUAUUUGUGCCAAUACUAAAUGCCAUAAAUGUGUAAACCCAUGUUCUUACUAUGCUUGCAUAAGCUGUUGUGGCUCUGUAAGAUGUUUGAUAUCUCGUGCACAACGAAAAAUAAAAUAAAAAUUUCAACCCAUCCCACCCCACAUAUUUUGAAGCAGAAGAAUUGGUUGGAAAAGCUGAACUAAAGUGUGGUCAUUGUGUACUAUGCUGUAUUCUGUAUGAAACAAGAAUACUGUAAAGUUGUUAAAUAAAAUAAGUACAGAGCUGAAUCUUUUAUGUAUAAAGAGGCAGGCAGUGUGUACAAAGCUCUAUAUUUGUAUAUAACGUGAUGGUGUGUCUAUACAUCUUUAGGUGUGUGUGCCCUGGAUGUAGUCGCAAGGCAUAUUAUAGGUACCUUUCUCUGGUAAAAGUGGCACAGAGGCCCAACAUUUAGAAACAUCUUAGUCAGAAUGUUAAAGGGACUGUUUAGUCCCUUUUGAGGCACCAUAACAACUUCAUCUAAAUGAAGUAGUUUUUGUGCCAGGAGGCCUCAGGAGACACUCUUACCUUCAGGGAUUAACCCUAAAGUAGCCUCCAGCGUCAAUCACAGAUCCCCCCCUGACCCCCCAACACGACUUCCAACUUCUGAAUUUUCAAGCGGGCACUGAUUGGUUGAGAGCAGUCAGCUGACGCUCAGCCAGUCGGUGACUCCCCAUUCACAAAACUGGCUUGCAAAAGGUACGUUUCUUUGCCAGCGAGUUUUGUGAAUGGGGAGUCACAGAUUGCAAAAUCAAAACAUAGUAACGAUAAAUGGUCCAUUCAUGUACACAUAUAUAACUUACAGUUCAUUGUAAAGAACUCUCUUCAACGCAGGCUUCUCAUCAAUCUGUUGUUUCUGUAACAUCUUGUAAUUGUCUCCGAUAUUGUUAAAUUUCCCCCUUUUUAUUAUAUUGUAAUGCACUGUGGAAUACGUUGGCACUAUAUAAAUACCAAGAAUAAUAAUUCCAAUGAUCUGUAAGGACUUUUUAGGUCUGUUCUAAAGCCCACCCUUUUUCUUUCCUCUGAUAUGUUACCUACAAAGUGUUUAAAGUAUUACAUCCUUGGGUCUCAUAAGAAAAUCUUUUAUCCACAUCUGAAGGUCCACAUUUCAAACACCGGCAGAGGUUAUUUACUUAAAGUGAGAGGUGAAAGUGAAUUUCAAAGGUUAAAUUACCCAAAAUGCAAACAUUCUAUAGGUCCUGCUACACUUUCAGUUUAGCUACUGCGACCGUAAAUUUUUAAUUCACUUUGAAUUUCCACUUUAGUAAGUAGCCCUCAGGAUUAUUUACUACAGUGAGAAUUCAAAGUGAAUUUCAAGUUUUCCAGCAAAGCCGACUUUUUAAGUGGGAUUUCUUUUCUCAUUUUAUGUGGCGAUACUUCAAACUAAAUAUAUAACAACAUCUAAUAGAAAUAUUACUCUGAUCAAAAGGAGAUAUUUUGGGAAAAUGAAUGUAUCCAUCCCUUGUUUAAAAACUAAAGAGAAUGAGAUAAAAAAUUGUUUUCUAAACUCUGUAUAGUAAUCAGUUUUCUCAAUUAAAAAGAUUACAUUUAAAGGGACACUAUCACCAGUUCCACUCCCGCUUACUGUAGUUUUUCUGUUGUCUACAGCCUGUCCCUACAGGCUCAGCAAUGCAAAUCCUGCCGUUUCACAGUGUUUGCAUUGCUCCCUAGAACACCUAUAGUGGCUGUCACUCUUACGGCAACUAGAGGUGCUUCCUGUGUCAGUGCUGCACAGUGUGCAACACCUGCGUUCAGUGUCUCCACUCUCUGCAAAACUUUAAAUGUAAAGCAUAUCUGCAAUAGGCCUGAAUCUGCAUUGACACUGGAAAACUUAUAUUGGUCAAUCCCUACACUAUAAUCUUAGGAAUACGUGUUUGUCCUCCUUUUACGACUUACCACUUUAUUCUGUGAUGAAACAUUUUGUCCCUUUUUUAAAAAGGAGAUACGCUGCGUUGCAAAGUAAGAAAUAGGAAUAAACAUGAGAAUAGGGCUAGUUGGUUUAAUAUCAGGGCUGGUAUACAUACUUUACCAAUAUAUGUAAAAUAUGUGAUUUUAACCUGUUCUAGUUUAAUUUCCACGGUUAUAAAUUUGUCAUAUCCCAGAAAAUCUUACAUUGUCAUAUGUCAGUGGUGAUUUAUAUUCUGACAUGCACAGACUGUAAUAUACAAUAUGUUGGUACGACUGAACGCAAAUUUAAAGAGAGUGUAGGAGAACACAUUAAUAACAAUGAAUUGGGUAAUCCCAAGACUACACUGGGUACCUUUGAAAUAUGUAAUGAGUCAUUCUCUACACACCAAAAGCUGUAAAAAGGUGUUGCUCCUUUAAAUUGAGACUCUAAAAAAACAUACAAAAAUGUGACAAGCACAACUCAAGUGUGAACAGUGAAAAUAUAGAAAAUAUUUAGUAUGAAGAAAACAUCCCUUAGAUCGAGAAGAUAAUGCUUAGAAGACAUCCUCUGAUCUUCCAAAACAUGUAAAUACAAAAAUAGGGGAAACUCAGCUAACGAAACGGACUGCAAAACAACAUUGUGAAUAACUGUGUAUAAUAAAUCAUAAAAAUAUUGUUUUCCAAUUGGCCACUGUGUUGUUUUUCUAUUCUGUUUCCUAAGCAGAGUUUUCCCUAUUUUUGUAUACUGUACAUUCUAAGAAAACAACCUUUAGCUUAAAGGACCACUAUAGUGCCAGGAAAACAUACUCCUUUUCCUGGCACUAUAGUGCCCUGAGGGUGCCCCCACCCUUAGGGUCCCCCUCCUGCCCGGCUCUGGAAGGGGGAAAGGGGUAAAAACUUACCCUUUUCCAGCGCUGGGCGGGGAGCUCUUCUCCUCCGAUCCUCCUCCUCUCCUCCCCGUCGGCUGAAUGCUCACGCGCGGCAGGAGCUGCGCGCGCAUUCAGCCGGUCGCAUAGGACAGAAUUUACAAUGCUUUCCUAUGGACGCUUGCGUGCUCUCACUGUGAUUUUUUUUUUAGAGGCUUUGGGGGAAGGCUUAACCCAUUCAUAAACAUAGCAGUUUCUCUGAAACUGCUAUGUUUAUGAGAAAAAAGGGUUAACCCUAGCUGGACCUGGCACCCAGACCACCUCAUUAAGCUGAAGUGGUCUGGGUGCCUAGAGUGGUCCUUUAAUGAAGCGGUUUUGGUGUAUAGGCCAUGCCCCUGCAGUCUCACUGGUGAAUUCUCUGCUGUUUAAGAGAUAUAUCACUUUGCUUAUGAACUCUCGCUACACUAGGGAUGGAUUGAAUUAUUGCAACUUUAUGAGGGAGUUUUGCUGCAAAUGUGCAAUAGCCUCCCAAUACUUUCCAAUGGGAUAGUGUUAGAUUAGCUGACAUCAUCAAUACUGAUAAUAUCAGCCGAAAUGGGGGCGGAACCAGUGCCGGACGACCUAUGCGGUCCUGGAAAAAAAGAUGAUAUACUUAUUUAUUUUUAACACUAUAGGGUCAGGAAUAGAAGUUUGUAUUCCUGAAACCGAUAGUGUUCCUUUAAACACUGUGCAGUAACAGAACAUAACAAAGUGUUGGAUUUUUUCUGGAAAUUUAUAUGGAGGCAGUUUGAGUCUGCAGCAGACUCAAUCGAACAACACCAUAAAAUGAAAAAUCAGUAGAUAAUUUAUUGCAAAACGCUUUAUUAACAAUAUUGAAUUUUAAAAGAAGUUAUACACAGGAAGCAAUGAUAAAGUGAAGAAAACCAGGAUAAAGCGUAUUUACCUCUAACCUUUUAUGUUCGUACUGAAUCAGAAAACUGCUUCAAUUAUAGUCCUACAACAGUGCCCCAAAAGUAUUUUAUGAUAGUCAGAAGAGACCAAGGAAUAAAAGACAAAUGAUAGAGGCUAAAAUAUUUCUUCAAUCGGUUGAUCAAAUUUUUUUUAUUGUAUUCUGGAAAGGGUUAUUCUAGCAGUGCAAUAUGAUUUUCCCGAAACCACUUUUUGCACACAGCAGCAACAUGACCAGUACUUUAUCCUGGAGAAGAGCAUUAGAGUACAAUCAAUCUCCCAGAAUCUGCGCAUACAACCCCAGAUCCUAACACUACCUGAAUAUGUUAUGGUAACUGCAAUGCAUUCAGGCAGCAAAUCUUCUCUAAUUUAUUUUUCCAUCACUAUCAGUUUUUGAUAUUCUGGUUUCCUUACUCCUAAUGACUCUGUCCCAUUGUUCCAAUCACUAUGGUUUUAGCCCAUUCUAAUAUCUUCCUUCUUCAUUUGGGAGAUAGUAAUUGCUUUUCCUUGGCAUUAUAAAAUUGAACGCUUCGAGUCUGUGUCUUACAGCCCUAGCUAUCUUCUUCACACCACAUUGAAACAAUUGAUUUUUAAUUGAAUCAUCUUUCUUCUUUCACUGAAACACCGUUUAUUUUGAUUGUCUGAGUCUGCAGAUAUCUCUUGCACGGUUUAGAAAUACCUCCUUUGGUUAGGUUUCCGCACAAGUAAAGCCUUCUUCACUCUAAGUUAUCAGUUUACAUCACUUUCUAGGCGAUUUGUCAACUCGUUACAUUUUUUUUUUGUUUUUUUGUUUGUUUUUUUGUCACCUUACUAACUCGCACAGCUUAUUAAGUUAUCAAGAAACCGAAAAAUCUGUUUCCAACAAACCAAUUAACAACGAAAGACCAAUGGCCAACGUGAUGACUCUUUCACAACUGAAGCGAAGUCCUAUUAUUAGCUCUGAUACCUUGAAAUGGGAGCUGACUCAUACUAAAACAGUAUUAUUAUUGUUCCAUUCUAGCUCAUAAUAAUCUAAAUGGCUCUCAGAACAAUCCGUCUCACUGGUUUCAUUUGAGUUAAGGAGUUCUACUUCAUGUUACAUAAGGCAGUGGUGUUUCUCUCUUUCUCUGGUUAUUUAGCUAUAACUGCUAGAAUAAAGAUAAUUCAACACAUUUGUUGCAUCACAUUCUGCAUUAAAUUACUUCUUGUGAUAUGUAAUUUUAUGGCAUAUUCUAAAAAAAAAAUUGUGUCACCAAAUGUUAGAAAUACAAAUUUUCCAAAAGGUUUUCAUUUCACAAUUUUGGCCACUAGCGUGUAUCUAUAACACAAUAUAAAGAGUUGAAGAUUUUGUGUACCAACUCCACAGCCCUGAUAUUUGUAGUAUUUUAAAACAGGACUCAAAAUUUCAACUUGCCCAGUAGCUAUUGGUAAGUGAAAAUUCUGCCCUGGUUAGUGAGCUGUGGACCCUUGCGGUGGCAAGUAACUUUUAGGCCUGACUAGUAGUUUAGGGCAUGUAAUUGAGCCCUGUAUAAAAGCUACACAACUGUUUGUUUGUAUCAGGGGUAAUUAGUGUUACUAUUGUCUUCUGUAGACUUGACCUUCAUUCUCCUAUUUUAUUACGAGCUCUCCAGAAGCCCAAGAUGCCAUUAUUUUCCCAUAAUGCAUGCAUUUCUGUCUGUCUGCCCAUCCACCCUUCUGUCUAUGCAUAAACAAACACAUACAGAGUUUCUCUGAUACCACAAUGCAAGACUGAUGUUCUUACAUAACAAGGAAUAGUGUCGCUGUUUAUCACCGUGACCUACAUACUGUUAUUACAGAACGCAGGAAUUAAAUCCCAGGUUCAAUUUUCUCUCGAUUAAUUUUAACACCCUCCCUCCCUGUGUGUGUUCCUCACCACACCCAGUAUAAUAAUACAAUGUGGGCCUAAUAUCUCAGUUAUACCUGCCAGUUCUUUUUGAAUCGUGAUUCGACUCCACGCAGAUCUGUAUUAAUCCCAUAUCCAGAUACUGGGUUCCCAUCAUGGUACAGACAAAGGCGCGGCACAAACUUCGCCGCUUUGCUAGUGAGCUAAGCUUGUCAGGAGGCCGUAAACUGCGCAGCCGGAUUUGGUAAAUUUUUUUUUAUUUUUCUGUUUUUUUGGGGGGGGGGUUUUAAAUAAAAUUUUUAAUGUAAAGUGCAGAUAUAGUACGUAGUGUGUGUGUGUAUUUACAAUGGGUAUAGUCUAUAGUUUGUAUAUUUUUGUGUAUUUAUAGCAAUGUGCACAUAUUGGUCAACUCUGUAUGUAAAUGAGAGAAAUGGUACUCCCAAUUUGUAAGAUAUUUUGCUGCUAUAAGAACGUGUUUAUUUACUGUCUUGUUCACAAAAAAUUACUGAUAUUGGCUCGGUAUUAUAAUAAAUGUUACACACACUUGCACUUUUUAAAGCAUGUGCAGAAAUGGUGUGUUUCUGUGACUGUAAUGGAAUAAUACACCAUGUUUUUCCAAAAAAGUGUUUACCAGUUUAUUAUGAAAAAAUUAUUAAACCUUGUACUUUAUACUCUUUGUAUAUAGAGUGUGUAUUGAAAGGAUAUUGUGUAACGGAUAAUGUAUGCUAUGUGUUUGUAAACUUACAUUUUCGGAUGGGGUAUAUAGAUGUGAACUGGAUGUCCUUGCAAACUAUUGUUAACAAAUAAAAAAAGUGAUUUAUUUUUCAAAUGUUUGUUUUUUGAAAUUAUAAUCUCUAUUUGGAAGAGUUGAUGUUGAAAUAUUGUCUGGUUCGUUUAAUACCAUAUGACCGCAAAUGGUAUUUGAUUUAUAAUGUGCUUGGCCAAUCAUAUUGGACCCUGUCUCCCAUGUUUUUGUGAAUAAUAAUUCCCAUGACGCUUAGCCAGCAAAUGUGAUGCUAUAUUUGCGUAUACACAGUGAGUGCAGCAUAUACAGAGCUGUAUAUAUGCAUAUUUCUAUUUUUUUUUUCUCUUGUUUUGGCAAAUUGGCUCUGUACCUGAUAUAAUAAUUCUAUCCUGGAGUUCUGUACAUGAAAAGAGCUGCUUCGCAGUGUAUUUAGCCCUGUUAUACUGGAGACCGUAUCUUCAGAAGGAUAUUGAUACUUUAGAGAGAGUUCAGAGAAGGGCUACUAAACUGGUUCAUGGAUUGCGGGAUAAAACUUACCAGGAAAGGUUAAAGGAUCUUAACAUGUAUAGCUUGGAGGAAAGACGAGACAGGGGGGAUAUGAUAGAAACAUUUAAAUAUAUAAAGGGAAUCAACACAGUAAAGGAGGAGACUAUAUUUAAAAGAAGAAAAACUACCACAACAAGAGGACAUAGUCUUAAAUUAGAGGGACAAAGGUUUAAAAAUAAAAUCAGGAAGUAUUACUUUACUGAGAGGGUAGUGGAUGCAUGGAAUAGCCUUCCAGCUGAAGUGGUAGAGGUUAACACAGUAAAGGAGUUUAAGCAUGCGUGGGAUAGGCAUAAGGCUAUCCUAACUAUAAGAUAAGACCAGGGACUAAUGAAAGUAUUUAGAAAAUCUUAUCUGCCAUCACAUUCUAUGUUUCUAUGGAGGGAAUUCAUUGGGAGUGCUCCUUGUGGGCUUCAUGUCAUGCUUACAGAUAAACUGUCAUCAUUUUCCCCCCCUGGAAAUGAAAGGUUAGAUAUAAUAUAAUGUUAUUGUGUAUUACUUAGUCAUGGAUACAUAUAGGUUUAAUAACUUUUUAGCACAUUUUCUUGCUUACCAUCUUUAUUACCUGCACAGUUUUCUUGUUGGAUAAGUUGUAGAUCUGACCAAAGAGGACUUAAACAUGGUCAACGUCGUUCCUGUAAGGAGACGGUUUACAGUGAGUCUGCAGGGGCAUGAUCUAUACACCAAAACUAUUUAAUUAAGCUAAAGCGGUGUUGAUGCCUAUAGGGUCCCUUGAAGUAAAAAAUAAUUUUCCCCCUUUUUUUUUUUCUUUUUUUUCUUUUUUAUUGACAUUUCCUCCUGUAACAUAUGAAUGUUACAUUGUGCUGGAGAGCACUUUUUCAAGUACCACGAAAGAGCUUGAGGUGUUAUUAGCUGCCCAAUAAACAAAAUGAAUAAUUCCUGCUUUUGUGUUCUAAAUGUGAAUUGACCCUUUUUGAGGUGUUGAAAUUCAUGAAGCCUAUUUUUUUUCCUUCUAGUUCUGAUAUUGGGCAAAAUUGUCCAUAAUAUAGUACACGUUAAGUAAAGAUGUAUUUUUUUUCCCCCCAGGUCCAAUAAUGCUCAUGCGUGUGUAGACUGAUUCUGUCUGCAUUUCCAACAUGCUUUGGAGCUAUCAGACUCGGCAGAGCCUUUGGGUCAUCAGUGCCUUGUUGGCUAGUGGCAAUUUACGAUAGGGAAACUGGUGGUGGGAGGGGGGAGUGCUGGCGAGAUUUUAGUUUUACUCACACUAAGAAAAUUGUUCCAGCAGCAGUCAUCCUGAGCUUGUCAAAACAGAUUUUGAUGCAGGAUCAGUUAAAUGUCAAAGAAAUUAUGCAUUGUGUCUUUGUUUCUAUAAGAAUCACUUAUCUGAAACAAAAGAUUUGGGAUUAUGCUUUCGAUUUCAUGAUUCAUGGUAUACCUGUUUAAAGGUACCCUCCUACACAGGAUUAUUUAUUAUCGGGGCAGGAGUGUCUGGGAGCCCUAUUGCCUUUAGGGUGAAACUAUUUAUUUGGCAACGGUCUAUCCCUAAAGGUGGGGCUCUCAAAAUCAUUAGGCGCCCACUGAGAAACUUGGUGAGUGUGUACCGGACACUCCUAUAAUAACUUAAAUGAGCUGAAAGGAACAGUAUUGGUUACAUGUAUACUAUGACACUAUAGUUUAACAGAGCUAUUUAGGUCCCCUGCCCUCCUGUCAGAAAAGUAAACAGUGAUUUUGUUCCCCUUUUUCCAGUGCUGCGUGGCUCUCCUUGCAGCUGGCCCACCUCCUUGGCUGAAAUCAUCUAACUUAGUGAUCUCAGCCAAUCCAGUGCUUUCUUGUAGGAAAGCAUUGGGAGGCUGUUACGCAUGCAUGGUAAAACACUGUGCUGCAUCAAUCAGCAUCUCCUCACAGAGAUACAUUGAAUGAAUGCAUCUCUAUGAGGAACUUUCAGCGUCUCCAUGCAGAUAAUGGAGACGCUCAAUGUAGGUACUGCACAUGGUGCAGCAAUGUACUAGGAAGCAUGUUUAGUGGCUGUCUGAGUGACUGCCACUAAAAAGUGGUACUAGCCAGCAAUUCAGGCGACAAGUGUCCCUUUAAGGCUUUAUGGGGAUGGGAUAUUCCUUUAAGUUUUUUUUAAAAGCUUGAUUUGUCUAGUACAGGAAGUGAUUGAUUUGCAGUGAAAAGAAAGCAAGUGUUAAAUUAUUGCCCAUCUUCCCUGCUUUCGAGAGAGAUUUGUAUUUUCUAUUUUUUUCACAUUCUGAUUAUUUGACGAAUACCACAAACGAGGAUUACCCAGUGUUUAAUAUCUCACCAUCGGUGCACACUCAUUCUCUCGUCUUAUUCUGCCUUAUAACAGUGUGCCCCUUAACUAAUCCAUUUCUCCUUUCUCGCAUUUUAGCUGAUCUGUUAACCUCCCCAUUAUUCAAAUUCAUCUUCCCCUCUUUCCCAUCAUCCAUUGUCUCAUCUCACCGUCAGUCUCUCUUGCUCCCAUUCCCAAUGUCCACUCUUUCACAUCUCGCCCUGUCUCCUUGUGCUUUUCUUUCUCCAAAUCCCAUUGUAUAAAUUCAUUGUUCCAUCACAGUUGCACUUACCCCCCCCCACCUUAUCUCAAUUAUUUUCCCACAUCGACUCAUUGAGAUAAGACUUGUUUGAGCAGGGCCUUCACGUUAUGUACGUGCAAGUCAAGCAUGUCCUUUACAAUUAUUUGUGCAUCUCAUCCACCCAUUGCCCUGUGCUGCAGAACAUGUUUGUGCUUUAGAGACUAAUAACUUUGAUAUCACUGCCCCCUAUUAUAUCAGCACCCACUGUUACUGUGCCAUCUCUCCUUCCACUGUCCCAUGCCAUUUCCCCCCUUUUACAACAUAUGCCCCACUUUAGUUACCCAUCUUUUAGUUACCCAUCUCCCAUUGCCCCCUUAAUCCAUUUCAUACCUCCCUCCCCCCCUUUGAACCAGUCUAUUUUUUUUUUUCUCCUUCCCUGUAUUAGCAAGCCCCGUUCACAGGAUGUGGCUAACGUAAAGCAGUGUUAUAUUGUAAAAAAUAUUGUAACACAUUUAUAUGAUUCAAGCAAGCGUUUUAUUUCUUUUUCUUCCGUCACAAAUGUUAACAAACCAUAAACAUUACAGCUUUAUGGAAAACCUGUUUGGUUGCCUGUUUGAUUGAAACUUUAAUGACCCAUUUAAAAAAAAUUAUUUAAUUAUCUAUUUAUACCUGCUACGCAAUACAUACUUUAAAUAGAAGGCGGUUUGUAUCGACAUUAUUGGUCUUCUUACUCCUUCUUGCAUCAUACUAACUGCAAUAGAACUCCCAUCACUUGAAAUUAGAAUUGUGGGACAGGGGGUGGGGUGGGUCGCUUUAUGAUGGGAUCUCGGACGCAUGCUGGAGGUAUGGUGGCGGGGUUGUGACCAGCCUGUCCCUCUAUCGGUCAUGUCCAGCCUUCGUAUCCUAUUGGAGAAAUGUCCAUGCAGUCAUAAAGAUGCUGGUAGACACAGUCCAACAGUUUCAGCCUUUGCCUAUUCUACAUGACCAUAUCCACUGUGCCUCUAUGACUCUAUAAGAAAUCUCUUACAAAACCUCUAUUAACUGCAGCAAAAUAUCUAACCCACCACUACAAGGAAGAACCGUCUGCAUUCACUCUCCAGCAGUGGAUGGUUAGGGUAGAAGAAAUUCCGAUUAUGGUAUCCCAUGACGUGAGUCCUAAAAGGCACAUUUGACAAAUCUCGUGGUUCUGCAAAUUCUGGCCAAGGUGAUUUGUUGUGUCCUUGCAAAAUUGGGUGUAUAGCAACCCUCAACUUCUCACAGGUACAACCCCUUCACCUGAACACAGUUAUUUACUUAUUUCAUAUUGGUAUGUUAUAAGACGCGAACAGGUUGCUGAGAUGUACUACAGGACACUAGAGAGAGAGAGAGGGGAAUAGAUGAGGAUGGCAGUGAGAACCACUCCUCAUUACAUCAUAAUAUGACCCCCACCUUUUUUUUUUCUACCCCCAUUGGUCCUGUCCCUUCUACCACCCCACACAUUAUUUUUGAAAAAUUUGUGGUCGAUCAUUAUCCGAAAAACAUGCACUGACUGUACUAAAUGAAAAACUUUUUUGGUUUGGACAGAAAUGAGACAAGUGAGCGUCCCUUGCAGGGCCGGAUUAACAUAGGGGCUGAUGGAGCUGCUGCUCCAGGCCCAUGGAAUAGGCCCAUUUAAAAAAAAAAAAAAAUAAUAAUAUAUAUAUAUAUAUAUAUAUAUAUAUAUAUAUAAUUUUUUUUUUUUUUAUUAUUAUUAUUUUUUUUACACACACUACUCCUAGGUUUGCCACCUGACUGGUAUUUUACCGGCACAGACGUUAUUUGAGACUGCUUGGCCGGUGCCGCUAUUGCAGUAAUACCGGCAAUACAAAUGCAGAUAUUUUUCUCAGUAUAAACGGAGAUUACUCCAGCCAGUAGGGGUCACUGUGUGUGGAGAGAGGCAGGGAUAGGCCUCUCUCUACUCACAGAGAGAGGCCUCUCUCUACUCACUGAUCCGCGGGGGAGUAGCUGCACAGCACAAAUAGUCCAGACAACAGCUCCCAGCCUGCAGAAACAGCCUACAGCUCAGGUAAGUGAAGAAUGGGGGGAAGGCAGCAGGGAGACAUGGGGACACUGAGACACUAGGGGACACCUGGAGACACUGAGACACUUGGGAACACUGGGAAACAUGGAGACACUGAAACACUAGGGGACACUGUGAGACAUGAGGACGCUGAGACACAUAGGGACGCUGUGAGACACAUGGACAUUGGGAGACACAUUGGGACACGGAGACACUAGGGACACAGUGUCUCCAUGUCUCCCAGCCAGUGUUCCUAGUGUCUGUGAACCCAUGGCUUUCAGUGUCCCCUAGUCUCCCAGUGUCUGUGUCCCCAUGUCUCCCAGUGUCCACAUAUCUCCCAGCCAGUGCCCCUAGUGUCCCCAUGUCUCCCAGUAUCCCUAUGUCUCUCAGCCAGUGUCCCUAGUGUCUGUGUCCCCAGUGUCUGUGUCCCCAUGUCUCCCAGUGUACCCAUGUCUAUGUCCACAAGUGCCCUCAUGUCACCCAGUGUCCCUGUGUCUCCAUGCCUGUGUCUCCAUGCCUCCCAGUCAGUUUCCCCAUGUCUCCCAGUGUCCCCUAGUCUCCCAGUGUCUGUGUCCCCAUUUCUCCCAGUGUCCCCAUUGACUUUCUGCUUCACUGGACACUGCUGUUAGGGGGUAUGGAUUUACUUGAAAGAUGAAAGCAUAAAUUAGAGAGAGAUUAGCAUAGAGUAUGUGUUUUCUUAAAGCUGCAUCCUUUUGAGUUUCCCUCCAACACCAUCUCCAUCAUAUACAUGACGCUUGAGAGGUAUGACUGUUUUAGUGUUUUUGGUCGAUAAAACGCAGAACUAUGUAACAUCUACAUAAACAGAACAGAAAAUGAUAAAACGUAAACUGGUCCUUAGAAUGGCCGGACUAAUACAUUAAAAACAGAGAAUGGUCAAGGGAUAGCUGAGGUCAAGGAAGCCAGAAAUAUACAAUACCAUUUAACAAGCCAAGUCAGGGAAGCCAGAAAUCAGAAUAGUCAGGAAUAGCCGAGGUCAAAAUACUGGGAAUAUCAAAAACCGGACAAGAAAACGCACUCUCGGGAACGGAAACCACGACAGGGCAAUAACCUAGGGAACUUUAGGGAUUUAAAUAUCCCUCUUGUCUCUGCCCCAGAACGUGCGUGUGACCCUGGGGGCAGAGCUAUAUCUGGCCGCGACCGUGUGGUCGGCGCCAUCUUGAAUCCGGGCAGGCGGCCAGGAGAACCCGGAAGAGUAGCUCCCGACUCGCCGCUGAGCAGGUAAGCUCAGUUCGUUGCGGUGAGCCGGGGGCCAUGACAAUUCUGUAAUUAGGCCCCGUCAUAAUUGUCAGCACCAGGCCCACUGGGCUCUUAAUCUGGCCCUGGUCCCUUGUAAGAAUCACUGCUGCUCCUGCGUCUUGCUAUAAAAUAAUAUCUACGUAUCCAUAAAUCUUGGCAACCAACUGUAGCCAAUGCAAACUGUGGUUUAAUUAAAUUGUGUAUAAACUGUGUGGCCCUUUAAGAUCUCAAUUGGCGUAUUGUCUAGGUGAUGUAUCAUCUAGAAUUCCAUCUGUAUUCGUGAUUUAUUUAUUUAUUUUGUGUACAUGAUCUGUCUCAAACCCAAAAUCCAGUUUCGCCAUAAAUCGGGGUGUAUGCCUAUUUCAGUCUGACCUACAUACUUUCCUAUUAUGAAAACCAAAUAUUUUAUUUCCUCAUGUCCCCUUUCCGUCUAUUAAGCAACUGCCACAGAUUAUGACAUUAGACAGAUAUACUUUUAUCAGGUCAAUCUAAUACAGCAUUACAUUUUAUGUUUCUAAAGGGCUGCAUGCUAUAGUCCUCAAAUGAUACAUUGCUCACGGUGUGACCACCAAUAAAAUGAAGCGCUGACGCAGUUUUAUGUGCGAUUUGAUACAUAUUUAUAAAUUUACAUGUUGGUGUGAUGGACAGAAUCCACGGGGUAAAGUUUGUUUGAGGAGUGCCCUCUUCACCUUUACCCUGUUUGUGUUUUAUGUCACCAUUGAUCAGCGCUGAGGAAUAUGUUGAUGCUAUAUAAAUAAGUGUUUUGUCAGAGUUACAAGAAUUGAUACUCCUUAGCCAGGGCUGGCUAGGUGGUUACCAAAGCAUCCACAGCGCAUGUGCUGUGGUUGCUAUCAGUGGAGAGCAGAGGGACCUCCUGUGGGUGGCCUCUUCUGCUCCCCCUGUCUCCAAAUUCCUCGGCAUUUAGUGUCUGACGAGAAAUUAAAAGAGCGAUGGGAGUAAAAUCUAUUUUUAGCAUAAUGUAUAAAAGGAAUUUUAAACUCUUUUCAAAGUGCUAAAGUUACAGAUUUGAUUAGUUUCCCUUUAAUUAGAUGCUAAAUAAAAGAUCCCCUUUUAUAGUGGUAAAGUUUUUCUAAGUUAAAGGAACACUAUAGGGUAAGAAAUAAACGUGUAAUCCUGCACCUAUAGUGUUAAAAAUAUGGUGGGACCCUUUGACCCCCAUAAAUAGGGUUAAACUUACCUUUUAUUUAUAUCACUGCGUGGUCCGCUUUGUGCAGCAUUGCCCCAGGAAGCACCUUUAGUGGCCGUCUGAAUGACUCUGAAAAGGCAGAGUUUACAUUAAAAUGCCUGCAGGGACAGACUAUACACACCAGAACACUAUAUUAAGCUGUGGUUGUUAUGGUGACUAUAUUGUGCCUUUAAAGAAAGUUUGGCAUUUUUGUAAAAAAUGUUUUUUUUUUUUUUUUGGUUUUUUUGUACAUUGCCUAGGGAAUGGAAAAUUGUUGAAUUUCAAACUAAAUUGCAAGAAUGUUUCCAUUGCAGGUAUAUAUAUGGUCAUUGAAUAGUUUUACGCAUUUGUUUUUCAGUUAACUGCAAUUCACAUAUAGACAGUUAUUAAUCGAACUCAGAAUUGUUGCUAAUUUUAAUUAGAAAUUUCAAAACCUGGGCAAAUUUUCGAACUACAUUGUAGUCCCUGCUUGGCUAGUUUACUAAAGUCCGAUUUCAAAGUGAAUUUAAAAUUUAAGAUCAAAAUAGCCGAACUGGAAAAAUUAUCCAAUUCAGCUAUGCUUCCGGUUUGGCUACUCUGGCCUUAAAUUUGAAAUCCCACUUUGAAUUCGCUAGUAAAUAACCCCAUAAAUAUUAAUAUAAUUCAAAGUUUAGUGAACUCACCACGUUCAGGUCAUAGUUGGUGAACUACAUUGCUGCUGACAGUAGAGGGCACUCAUGCACAGAGUACUAUGUAUGUGCUGGCUGUUAAUACACAUAUACAGCAGACAUACUUCUAGCUAUUAUAAAUUAAAUAACAUUGUUUAAGGGAAAGCAAGAGUCUGCCAGGAUUGAGGCAGUGAAUAUGAAGUCACCCCACCACCCCACACACACACAUUGUUCAGAUUUAGACAAACUGGAUUAUUAUUAUUAUUUUAUUAUUUAUAUAGCACCAACAAAUUCCAUAGCGCUGUACAAUGGGUGGACUAAUAGACACAUAAUUGAGAUCAGACCACUGGACGUACAGGAACAGAGGGGGUUGAGGGCCCUGCUUGAUGAGCUUACAUGCUAGAGGGAGUGGGGUAUAGUGACACAAAGGGUUAAAGUAGGGGACUUACAUAGUUUGUUAGAGAAGGGUUUAUUGACUGCUUGGUAGGUCAUUUUUGAAAGUUGCAGGAAAGGAGUCAUGGGGUGGGGGAUGAGAAACCUGCUGACAGUUUAAUUGAUACGCUUUAAUGAAGAAGUGAGUUUUCAAAGAUUUUUUGAAGGAGUGGAGGCUGGGUGAAAGUCUGAUUGAGGAGGGAAGGGAGUUCCACAGAAUAGGUGCAGCCCUGGAGAAGUCUUGAAGGCGAGCAUCACAGGUGGGGAACCGGGCAGAGCAUAGGCGUAGGUCUUGGGCUGAGCGCAGGGGUCUCGACGGGACAUACAGGCAAAAGAGAUGAGAGCAUCACUUGCAACUUAAAUAGCCCAGGGCUAGCGAAAAAUAACUUUAGCUUUUGCAAAAUAUGUUUAUAUGAAUAGGGAAAGCCAUUUUGUGUCUUUAACCCCUUAAGGACACAUGACGGAAAUAUUCCGUCAUGAUUACCUUUUAUUCCAGAAGUUGUGUCCUUAAGGGGUUAAAAAAAAAAUAAAAAAUUUUUCCUUUGCUUUUUAAGUUUCGCUGAUACACUGGCUUCAUUGCCAGCAUGCCGAUGUCUGAAUGGAGUUACGUCGUGUCACUCCAUUCCCAUACUACUUAGCCAGCGCUGUCUAGGGUGUUACCAAAGCAACCACAGUGCAUGUGCUGGGUUGCUAUUGGUGGAGAGCAGAGGGACCUCCUGUGGGAGGCCUCUUCUGCUCCCCCUGUCUCCCAAUUCCUUGGCAUUUUGUGUAGUAGAGAUUUUUUUCAAUUUUUUUAAUAGCCAAAAAGAAAAUUCUGGUGGAGUAAAAUCCACAUUACAAAAUAUAGAAUAAUAAAAAGAUAUUAGUGGUAAAUAGGAUGAUUUAAAUAAUAAAUCUCGACUAUAUUCAUUGAGUUUGGACUGAAGUUUGCAAUUCAGUUUUCAGUUCCCUACAGGUUACAUUUUAGUGUUUGUGUGUAGUCUUGUGUGGAGACCAGUUAUGUGGUUCCACAAGGUACCUGUGAGGAGCAGUCCAGUGUGUUGAUGUGUUGCGUGGAGACUUAUUUAGUGUGUAUAUUGCAGGUGAUACUCAGUUACAUAAUUCUGGGUGGGACAGCAAGAGGACAGUGUGUCCCUGCGUGAUCUUCACACCCAAAAUAGUACAACAUUCUCUAUUGUAGUAUGACACAACUCACACAGAUAUACAUCUGUCUGUAGACACAAUAAGAAUUUGGUAUAUGUGAGCGUAGAAAUACGCAAACACACCUAUGACGAAGUCGUCUCAAAUUUGUAAACUAAGUUGUUUCUCCGGUAUGUCUUAGUCCCCCCUUCAGGCAUAUGUCCUCCCUCCAAGGCCCACUACAAUGAGUGGCUGUCAUGUUCCUAAUAUAUGUCUCACAUUUCAGAGUGUCUUUGUCUGUCUGUCUCUCUGCCUCCCACUCACUCCUGUAAGUAGCUUCUUUUUUUUUCCCCUCUGUAAUCUUUCGCUCUGUCGCAGAUAGGUGGAUUUCAAUAUCUCCUUCAAUCUUUAGUCCUCCCUCUCUGAGUCAUUGCUCACUGAUAGAUCUCCCUCCUAUAAGAUUUCAGACACAGUCUCUACCUCCCAGAGCUGAACUGGUUUUCUUUCCUUCUCGUUUUCCAACCUCUCUUUCAUGUUAAUUCAUCUCUACGUAUCGUUGGACUAUUGGUGUGCUAAUGGAAGUCCUUUUUCUCCCAAGGACCAAGUUGGUUGGCUGGAGAGACACCAUUCGCAAAAUGGCUGGGGACCCCAUCAAAUCCACAGAAUCCUAUAUGGAUCUCCAUUUCCAAUGUAAGUUUAUUUUUUUUAUUAUUGGCAAAUAAUCUCUGAGAACUUACACUCAUUAUAAAUAUAAAAGGUGAAAUAACGGUCUCUGUGGAAGAGCUCUUUAAAUGCAGCUGGAAGCACUCAAUGAAGUGGAUCGAAGAGAUCAUUGUGUGUGUGUGCGUGCGUGUGUGUGUGUGUGUGUGUGUAUAUAUAUGUAUGUAUAUGUAUAUAUAGAGAGAGAGAGAGAGAAUGGAAAGUGAAAUCAUUGUAUAUCCAGUUUGAUGCUACAUUAAGGCCGUGAAACAUUAUUGGGGAGACUUAUCAAAGUGUUCCAUUGUGAGAAGGUGCAGUGGCCACUAGAAUGCUCCUGUUGUUUCCAUGGUGAUUGCUCACAAUCACACUUUGGUACAUCUUCACUAAAAUUCAGGAAAUGGAGAACUUGGCCCCACUACCGUUUCAGUUUGCCCGGCCCGUCUUGUAAGGGAAAGGCAAAAGGAGAGGGAUUAUUUACCUGUUCGACCUUGUAUGAUAAUUUAAAUAUAAUUGUUUGCAGUGACAUCUUUACAAAACAAUGUACCUUAAAAAAAAAAAAAAAGAGCCUGUGCUUAAUAAUGAAAUAUAGUGUAAUUAUCUCUUUUCAUUUUGUAAGUAUUGAUGUUUCGUGUAAGCUUAUAUUUCUAUGAUGAAAUUUGAGGCACCCUAUAAAGAGAUUGGAAGAUUGAACGCAAAAAAAAAAAGAAUGAUCUCGGUGUAUCCCUGAUUGGGUUUAAUUAAGAAGUGUCUAAUUGCACCUAAUCACCGCUAGUUAUGAUAAUAGCUAUCACCCUUUCUCUGACUAAGCACUAGUGACACGUGAUAAGUCAGAUGUCACCUUAAGAUCCUGUCUAUCCAUUUGCCCAUAUCCUUUAUGUUCACUUAUAGUGUCUCAGUCUCACAAUCUGUAUAAUCGGGUGGUAGGGAGUUUAGGAAAUGAAUGCCUAGCUUUAUAUCGUUUUUAGUGUAACAUUUAAUGUGCAACACAACUGUUUGAUUUUGUAGCCUAACUGUCACGUCUGUUUUAUUUGUUUGUUUUUUCACAACCCAAUAACUGUGGAUUGUGCUGCUUUUUAAAAAAACAAACAAAUAACUUCUAAUUUACUUUGUAAGCUUGGCCCUCCUGGACAUCCAAAUUAAUUUAGAGGGUUACUCCACGCACCAUGACCACAUCACUGAUUUGAAGUGGUCAUGGUGCCGGGAGUCUAUAUGUUCUGCAUAUACAAAGUAUUUCUAUGCACAGAGGGGCAUUCAUGAGAGUGAUUAGUUGAUGCCAUCAGGCAUCUGAUUUCUGCAGCUCUGCUGAAGCCAAAUUCCAUAAGGCUGCUUCAGUGGAGAAACCAUUGUAAAACAGUUUGCCCCUUACCGGGGAAUGGUGCCAGGAUACUCCUAGCAUCAGCAGGCUGUAGUGGUUAUGGUGGUUGGAGUAACUCUUUAACCCUAAAGUUGCUAUGUGUACAUGUGCCACUAUGGAGGCAAUGCCCAAGGACACGUGUUGGCAUAGAAUGGGCACACCUGUAACAUCACAAGGCAGUGCUAUUGCCCUGGGCACAGACAUAUGGUGGAGGUUUGUUUAUUUUUGAAAACCAUGUGUUGCUCUACUCCCCUUAUGAAAUGCUUUAGUUCCAAAGAAGUGACUAUUAGUUUGAUUUCAUACAAGUACAAUCUGUUUUCUUGCAGACAACAUGAAUUUGCAUAGGGUGUAGUAUACAGAGCCUGGCUACAAUCUAGACCUCUUAGGAUGCUGCAAAUCUCAAAAUGGGACAAGAGAAGAUCAAAGACAAGUUAAAUGGGGAAAAAAUUAAAAUAGACAAAUACAGUGAGACAAGGUACAUACUCAGUGUCUCAGCUAUCUGGGAACAGAGACACCUCCAGGCAAUGCAAACAGAGCAGACCGCAGAUUAAAGAGUAAGCACAUGUGUGGACAGAGCUCUAGACGGUAUGUCAGGAAGCCAGGGGAUUAAAGAGACCUUUAUGGUACACGAUGUCCAUUGCACCGAUCCUACUUUUUCGUGCUAAGAACAGAAAACAAAUGGGCAAAACAUAUUUUAUUUCCAGUAUUUAUCCACAAAGCACUUUGGGACUGUCCAGUCUUUUUAUUAUAAUUUUUUAUAAUGUACCUUUAAUAAAAACAUCUUUUAAACUUCUAUAACUCUGUCCGUUCAUUGCAUAUAAAUGUACCCCUUCAAAGAAGCUGGGAAGAUGGGAAGCGGAAAACAGUUUGCAUAGGCCUACGCACCAGGCUACAAUAUUCAAAGCAUGGCACGGAUUUAAAGUUGGCAUCGACUUAGUACCAAUGAUUUUAAUGAAAAAGGCUGUUUCUAGUAAAGCGCACAGGCUGCUCUGAAAUUAUUAUAACGGCACUGUCACUAUUUGGGGACUUGGCAGAAUUUGCAGAAUUCGACUGUCCACAGUGACAUUGCUGUCGGGGUUAGCAGGUAAAGGUGACUUAAACUUAGUUGAACAUGUGCCUCGCGGGGCUGUCAUCUUCCUCUAGUUGUCCACAUCACGCCAGGAGCUGACGUCACUGUUGUUUUCUCGCAUAUGCGACAGUACCGCAUUGUGGUCUAUGGAGGAGACCGCAGGAUCUUCCAUAGACCGAGCCAAUUCUUGCAAUUCUUACUGGUGUCUAGAAGUGUCAGGAGUAGGAAAUAUACAGAGACAAAGUAGUCCCUACUUUGUCUCUGUAUAUCUCUUAAAUGGGUUGGAAUUUCUGUGAAAUUCUAUCACAGUCAAAAUUUUUAUGAAAUACUCAUUUUUCAGAGGGGAGGGGGUUGGCCGUGCCACUUUAAAUAUGUUACUUACCUGCAAGAAAGGCUGGUAAUCCACCCUUAUAUAAUGUUGUUGUAUAGUUGCUAUUGAUUUUGUAAAAUAAAGGAUCAAUCUCGGUCCACAAACCCAAUUCUGCUUCUAUUGUAUUCAUCAGUGUUAAUUUUUUAAUAAGUGAAAUAGAUGAAGGCUUAUAUUUGUUUAUUUAUUUAUUUAUUUUGCAGCUCUGGCCGCUAAGGAACUAAAUAACAAGCAAAUGGAAUUGGACUCUGCUACAGCAAAACUGGAUCAGCUUAAACGGGAGCUAGAAACGCGUCGGGAAUCUGGACAGCCUCGAAAAGCAGAGGUAGAUAAGGGCAUGUGAACACCUUCUGAAUGUAUUUAUUAAAAUAAGGAGGUCCUUGAGAAAUUGGGUCCAUUGGGCUAAAAUAGAAUUCUGUAAGACUGAAAAGUCCUAUUAAAUUCAUACACACUUAUGAAAGCGCAUGUACAACUGUUGAGUACGUCUUUCGAGGCCCUCGGUGCUAGUCGUGUUUUGUCUUAAGAUGUGCUAUAUGUAAGUUGGUCUUGCAAUUCACUAGAUUUUUGUUUUAAGUGUUUUAACUUGCCAUUUGCUGGAUAUAUGCAGAAUUAUGUUUGAUACACUUAUUUAAAAUGUAGCGCCGAUCCACCAGUCUCUAUUCCUCGACUUUACAAGUUGGAAAUGAGAAUUCAAGGUUAAUUUAACUUUUAAAUCUAUGGUCAAAAUAGCUGGUCUAAGCAGAACAACUCUGGCCUUAAAUUUUUAAUUCACCUCAAAUUCUCAUUUUAGUAAAUAACCCUGUUAGUGUUAAAACAAAAACAAAAAAAGGCUCUUUUUAUGAGGGAAAUAUUCCUUAAAAUAAACCAGUUUAUUGACAUGCAGAUCCCAAAUCCGUCUAAAAUAUGUCAUUAAAGUUUUGCCGUUGACAUUAAAAACUGAUAAUCGCUCAGGAGUUGCUUGAAGUUACUUGUUCGUUUAGCUUUCGGCAAUGGAAAUCAGAGGAGCAAAUCAGAUAUAUUUUUAGUAAAGUAUGAAAUGCAGCAGGAGUAGUAACAUCCUAAAUCCCCAGAUAUUAUAGAACUAAACCUCGCAUGAUGCUUUGCAUUACUUACUUUUUAAAAGUUUAUUACUUUUAAUGAUAUUAAGGAUUUUUUAAAAACAAUGUAUAUUGAUAGUGAUUUUUUUUGAUCAAAAAUAUUAAUCAUUAAAAAAAAAAAAAACGAAAUUCAUUAAACUUACAAAAAUAAUUAAACGCGCAUUAAUAUAUCUAACACAUUGAGUUAAAAUAACAGUUUGUGCGAGCAAACCAAUCUGGUGUUGAAGUUUAUUAUUCCACAAUGGAAUUUCUAAAGCAUCAGUAAGUUCUGUGGUGGUUCUUUAGACCAGAGUGUGAGGAUGAUAAGUCUUUGGUCUUAAGAGUUUUAAAUCGGAUGGAAUUUUAUCAUUUCUUGUUUCCAAAAACCUCUAUGAUUGUCCUGUCUCUUGAUGCCAAACCAAGUCAGCUUUGUUCUCAAGUCUGUUAAAGAUGAUUUGCAGAGUUUGAGUGGAUUUCCAAAUGUUCUGUUUUUAAAUGAGAAACUGUACUCGUGUUAUAUGUUGUAAUCUGCGAUGGCAGUAAAAUUCAUGACUAACGUUUUAUUUUUUUUCCUUUUCUCCCCAGAACUUGGAAAUUCCUCAGAAUCCUAAUCCCACAAUCUCUCCCUCCUUGACACGACGGUCUGUGCCUCCUCAACCCCCCCCUACAUUUGGCCCAGCACCUACUCUGCUUACCCAUAGGCCCCGUCCGCAAGAGUCCAUGGGCCCCAUAGUUGCACCGCUUUCUGUCAGUAGUAAACAUUCAGUUCCCUCUCCCCCCAUUACUCGCCGGUCCCUCGCAUCAGAGACUUUUGACUCCUAUGCUCCUCCAACUACAUUAGGCUCAUCCUCUUCUUUGAUUAGCCACAGGCCACGUUCAGUGGAGUCCUCUCUUUCUGCUCCUAUAAUUCCUCCUCUAUCUAUUAGCAGUAGUCAUUCAGUUCCCUCUCCACCCCUUAUCCGUCGUUCCGCGACUUCAGAUAAUUUUGACUCCUACCAUACUUCAUCCUCCUCCUCCCGUGGCUCUCGUGGUCUCCCUUUAUCUCCUCGUCUCCCGUACUAUGAACGGGGACCCAGGAGUCUAUCAUCCAGUACCUUUGAUUAUGCCAGAACAGGGACACCUCCCCCGGAUGGUUCCUCCUCUGGAAUGUAUACAGACAGGGGCCCCUCUCAGAGGCCGCCCAUAUCCUUUGAAGGACCCCAAGGAUUUGCUCCAGUCAGGUUCUCAGGUGAAUGCAGUUAAUUAUAUAUAUUGCGUCUAAUCCCAUACUAUCAGUCUAUUGAAUACAACCUACAGAAUUCUGGUUGAAAUGUGUAUUCGUAUAUGUGACUUUUUAUUUGCCUCCUUCCAUCAGAUGAUGUUACAUCUCUUCGCCGCCGUCCUCCGCAACGCAGCUGGAAUGAAUCAGAUCUGGAUAUGUCCUAUGACAAAAAGGCUCCUCCAGAGAGUAAGUUGCCACCUGGUAGAAUGGAAGGAUAAUGGGGUAGGAUCUCACCACUUGAACAAUUCUGAUAAAUUUAGCACCCUUGUUUUGUCUCACUUAGGGGUAGAACGUGCACCGAUGAGUGCAGUGCCUCUGGUAAAAGCCUGGAGAGAAAGUAGCUUGGACCCAGCACCAGCUAAGGGAAAGGUAAGUCUUUUAAAGUUUUUUUUGACCGUAAGAGUGAAGUGACAAUAUUUUAUUUUUAUUUUUAAAAGGAACGGCUGCUUAUUGAGUUUUUUUUACUUUUGCGAAACGGCAAUGUUUACAUUACAGGGUUAGGUCCACCUUUAGCUGUUGUCAUACUGAAAACCACUAGAGGCGCUUCCGCAUAAAAAUGUCAUGUAGCGCGGAAGCCCCCAUAGUAAAGCAUUGAUUCAAUGCUUUCCUAUGGGGAAACUUAGAUGCACUUGGAACUCAUACACAUUAGAUCCCUAGUGCUCCACUAUGAUGAGCAUUGGAUUAGACCACGCCAGAGGAGGCGAUGCCACCCUGAUGUACAGCCAAGCGAGCCUCGAAGUUGGAAAAAGGUAAUUAAUCUUUUCUGGCUUGGGGCGGUUCUUGGCACAACUUUAUACAGAAUGAUAACAAAGCCAUGGUUAAUUUUAAUAAAGAUAAUAAAAAAAACAACAAACUAACAAUAGGUUAGUACCUCCUUACUGAAUAUACUCGGCAAAAAUAACCUUUUCUGGGCGUUUAGCCAAACGAGAAUAUGGGAGGCACAGGAGGCCUCCAUAUCUAGGUUUUCUUAAGACCACACUUCGAGGACAAGAUAUACUGUAAGUAAAACAAGCCUUUAACACCGAGAAAAAAGAACUGUGACACAAAUAAUGAGAAGAAAGGGAGUCGGCAAAAACAACUGUGUGUUGUAGCCAAAAGAUGAUUUAGUGUUCCAAGGAACUUUAACCAGCCUUAAAUUACUUUACCAAACGUAUUGAUAAAUAUACACUGCUCGUUGGCUUCUGAAACAAAAGAAAAUCUAAUUAUCACAUUUUAAUCUAGAAAGUUCUAGUGACAAAAUUAAGUGUCUGAUUAGAUUUACCACCGUUUUACCAUUAGUUUUACAGCAAGCUUGAUACCUCUAGCUAAAAUGGUUGCAAAUAAAUCUCUGCACUUAUAUACUUAACUAAUGUGAUAAUUAAAAUGAUGGUGUUUACCAAAUGAUAUGAUAUAGAGUUUAGUUCUUGGCUAUUUCUAUUGUUGUUUUUAUAAUCAACUUGCUAUUCUUUUAAUAAGUCAUUGUUACUCUGUGUUUUCUUUAAACUAGGGUGACGUCUCUGCCACACUGCCCCGUGGUUAUAAGUUCUCUGCAGGAGCUGAACGUGGCCCCCAAUUGUCAGACUCAGGAUGGAGGUCCGGGUCUGGGUCCUUGCCUCGACCAUUGCCACCUCAGCAGCCAAUCUCCCGCAUUCCUGUUCCGCCUCCUGUUGGAAAAGUCCAACCACAUAGACCUCUUCCUUUGUCUAUGAUCUUCCAUUUACAGAAUGCAUUCUGGGAACACCAGGCCCCUCCUCCUGCACAGAUCAUGCCCAAUUUUUAUGCCACUCCAGCAAUGACCACAAACCUUCCACCAGCUGUACCUGUUGUUCAAGAUAUGCCCAUUCCUUCUACUAAUGCAGUGGCUCCAUCUUCUACUGAAGAGGUUCCUCGCCCUCUCAGUCCCACUAGACUUCAACCUAACCUCCCACCUUCACUGGCUGACGUUCAGAGAGUACUAGAGGACAUACCCCGUCCUUUGAGGAGGCGUGGCUCCCAGGAACAUACUGCUCAGGCCUCGUCAUUUCCUUCACACCGCCGUCAGUAUCAACAAAUCAUGAGUCGACUAUUUGGGAGAGCUACGCCUAAGACCAGUCCGGUUUCUGAACAAUUAAAAACGGAGGAAAAGCUGCAAGGCUCUUCAAGCAAGCAGGGCCCCGCCCCUGCAGAGCAGACAUCAGAAGAAAGUAAUCCAAGCCUUAUCUUCCAAAUGAACCCCAUCCCAGAGGACGUGAAGGCAGAAGAGAAAUUAGAAGAAAUAACAAAUAAGUCUGCUUCCACCCCUGAUGACCCAGUGUGUGUUAUUAUGGAGGUAGAAUCAAGGGUUGGAGCCACAGUCCCAGUGCCAACAGACUAUGAAUUUCGCGUCCCUCUUGUGAUCAGUGAAACCCCUACCCCAGUAAGUUAAUGGAAAUAUGAACGGGGCAGAUUUGGGUAGAGAACGGGAGAAAGGGAAAAGAUGGACAAAUAAGGUAAUGAUGAUUAGUAGAUAAUCACACAUUUCAUCAUUUUUCUUUUAGGGGCUUCGUUCAGCCUUAAAAGGUAGGGGUUCACCCCUGAAAAGUCGCCCCCGGCGUGCCAGAUUGGACCCCCUCAUUCUGCUUUUGGAUGCUGCUCUUUCUGGCGAACAGGAUGUAGUUACUCAAGCUCUGAAAGAGGUAGAUAUUUUGAACAUUGGUGCUUCUCAAAGCAAUACUUUAGAUCCAUGAACGUUCCAGAGUUUACUGGUGUUACGAAAUAGAAUUAACUUUCAAAGCACACCUCCACAAAGCAGAGUAAAACCACUUUAGAGGAGGGUUGGUGGGUUGCAGGUUUUUUGUGCCAGUUGCUAUUCAACAAGCAAACAUCAAACAGGGGUAAGGACUUCUGUUACGUUUUAAUGAUUUUAAAUGAGGAAAAAAAUUAUUUGAUGGAUUAUUAGGAUACCCGUGAGGGACAAACAUGUUCAACUUGAUUUUCACGUACUAUUUUAAAAGUAAUCAAACCUCCCCUCCAGCUACUGGGAAAUCGAGACAAAUAACAGCUGUUAAGCGGAGGUAGGACAAGUCUGGAUUAGGCAGUUUAGGUUUGCCUCCUUUACUGCAGACUUCACCCCCUAGCUAAAAAUAAUAGAUAUAAAUAAAAUACAUGUCUAUAAUUGCAUGCAUACCUAAAGCGAAAAUAAACAUUAAAUCAAAGAAAAAAAACAGCUAUAUAUUGACUGUAUAUUUUAAAGUGAAGGCUGCUUGAUGGAGCCAAGACAGAGAAACUGGAUUUCAAUGUUUCUUAUGGGUCUGGGCUUUGUGUAUUUCAGUCUGUUCUAGUUCGUGUUUUGCCUUUUUGCUACUUGCUGUAAUAGUUUAACAGGUCGAGUCUUUUUGAGCUUCUUCCUGUACUAUGGAAAUUGGACAACGGAGAAUUCUCAUAGAGUUUGAUGAGGCUUUAUUCAUGUGAUAUAUGGUGUCUCCAUGUACUUUUUGGUCAGCAUGACCUUCAGCAAAGAUAUACAGUUAGCAGAAUAACAUUUAUGAAAGUGAAAACUGUAGAAGUUGUUUCAUCUUUAAAGAGCCACUUUCCUUCAUCUUUACCUCCCAGGAGUGCUGUAUCUGCACUGGUUUUGAACACUUUGUAACCAUUGCCCUCUAAUCCACUUGUACCAGGUUAGCGACCCAAGUCAGCCCAAUGAGGAGGGGAUCACGGCUCUUCACAAUGCUAUAUGUGGCGCCAAUUACAACAUCGUUAGCCUGCUCAUUAGCAGCGGAGCCAACGUCAAUGCAGCGGAUAGUCAUGGAUGGUAAGAGUGAUUAACAAGGUUGGGAGCCUGACAGACAGAAGGGACAUUGUGUAAUAAUGUUUUAUUCUUCCCUAGGACACCAUUGCAUUGUGCAGCUUCCUGUAACGACCAAAAAAUAUGCAAUAUAUUGGUACGUCACGGAGCGGCCAUCUUCGCUACUACUCACAGUGAUGGCAGUCUACCUGUGGACAAAUGUGAUCCCUACAGGGAAGGAUACAAAGAGUGUCUUACCUACCUAACAGGUAAUAAUCUUUCUUCUCCCGUGUGUCUACUUACCCACCACUGCCUACACUGUUAGCCAUUUCAGUCCCAAAGUCUUGCAGUAUGUCAAUCAGCACCCCCCCGGGUCAUUUUGCCUAUUUGAUGUGUCUGUUAUGUGGUUUUCCACUAAUUUUCUCCCCUCUCCCCCCAUUUUAUUCUUGCAGAGGUGGAGCACUGUAUGGGAGAGACCCAGAGUGGAGUAGUCUAUGCGGUGUGGGAUUACACAGCAGAGUUUGCUGAUGAGCUAUCCCUAAAGGAGGGGGACUCUGUCACUGUCCUGAGGAAAGAUGGCGAGAAUGGCACGUGGUGGUGGGCGUCAUUGUGUGGCCGGGAAGGAUACGUCCCACGCAAUUACUUUGGGGUAAGUUUCACUUUGUUAAAAAUUCUCACCUCUGUCUCAUUUGAUCCUCCUAAUAUCAAAUAUUUUUAGAUCACCGUGUACUGUGUGUGCAUUGUAACAAAAUCCUCGGAAUGAUAAAGUGAUUUUGUGUUUUAACGACUGAAAAUGAGAUUAGAUAAAGGCUCUUUUUAAAUUUUAAUAAUAUAAAACUUUUUCUAAAUUAACUGUGUAUCAUCCAAAGGAUCUCACUUGAAAAUCCUGAACGAUAUUGGAUGUCGACAAUUUGAGAAACCUCAAUGUGGAUUUCUGCUCUGACUUUUCCAUAUCUUUAAUUACAGAUGUACCCAAGAGUUCAGCCCCAACGUUCAUCUCAGUGAAUGACACCCCCGGAAGUCGUGUCGUCAGCUCAGAGAGUUUGUUAACAAAUGUGAUGAACAUCAACACGAUGAGAACAAAGUGUCUGCUCUCCUGCCGGUCUCCGUAGUGUAUGGUUUUUAUAUGCAGAAAGUGCUUGUGUAUUUUGUGCAUUACUGUGAGUGUUUGUAUUGUUAAUGGAACUGGCUUGCAUGCCUCUGCUGUGUGAUUGAUACCCUGGCACACUGUGUGUGCCAGUUGUGUGAAGCCUCUUACUGGUUUCUUUAGUGUGAAAGUGCUGUGUGUCUGUUGUGUUGUUAUAGAGGAUUGUAGCAAGGCAGUGAAUAUGUAGUAGCAUAGCUGCAAACCUUUUUUUCUCUUUGUAUAAAAAAUAUUUUGUAAUAAAAUCUAGCUGAUAAAAAAU